GGAGGGAACUAAGCCCCCUGGGAGCAACGUCACUCCCCUUGGCAUAUCAACCGCUGUCCGCUGCACGCGCCCCACACAGCACCACAGAGGACGUCAGGCUCGAGCCCAUCCUUAACGCGAAAUGCUGUACGAACUGAAUCCAACUCCAGCGAUCCUCCCCGAUCCCCUGCGUUUCGGCGAGGAGGCUUUGACACAUUCAGGCAUACAAGCGGGCUAAACAAGUCCUCGUGGGAAGUGGGAAGGUCGUCGAAAGUGGAAAGAGUGCUUGCGUCGAGUAUGGUCUGUGGUACAGGGAGCAGCACAACGAGCCAACAUCUGUAACUUCGGGAUUUACUUGUAAAGGAGCUUUCAGAGGAGAUCGUGGGAUAUUCUGUGCCCAAACAUGCCUGUUAGAAGAGGUCACGUUGCGCCACAAAACACAUUCCUUGGACUUAUUAUACGGAAAUUCGAGGGUCAAAGUAAGUGUUUUCCCGAUCUACUCUUUCUUUGCUCAUGAACUAAUGCUUUUACACUUAAACACAGAGGUGAUGAAUAGAAAAGUACAAGCUGAUCUGUCAGGAAAUUGUGUAUCCAAGAGUUUUUCUGAAUUAAGAUUUAAUUUUUUUUCAUUGUUUUUAUCCCAUAAUAUGGAAAAUGUGAAGAAUUAUUUUUAUGCUGAUUUUAUUUUAAGCUGACACCAUAAUAAAAUGUGACACAACAUGCAUUUUAAAACAGUACAUGCUUUCACUUUUCAUUUUUAGACCGGAAAUUUGUGAUAGCCAAUGCCAGGGUGGAGAACUGUGCAAUCAUAUACUGCAACGACGGUUUCUGCGAGAUGACCGGCUUCUCCAGACCAGACAUCAUGCAGAAGCCGUGUACCUGUGACUUCCUCCACGGUGACCUGACUGACAAAGAAGCCAUCAGCCAGGUGUCCCAGGCCGUGCUUGGGUCCGAGGAGCGAAAGGUGGAGAUCACCUACUACCGCAAGGAUGGUAAGUGCUGGAACCACAGUGAGGCUGUCACAGAGCGCCUGUAAGCUGAGAGGACUCUUUUGUGACACCCUGCUCCUGAAAAAUCAUUGCUGUGUCCACUCCAUGGUGUGUGACCUGUCAAUCUAUGACUGACCAGCAGCAUCAGUUACAGGGGGGACACAGUGGGAAUACAAUAUUGAAUGUAGCCAACUCUGAGAUAACUUGUAUGCUCAUACGUAUGUUUAUGCUGUCAAUAAUACUCAUACCCUUAAUCAUCCUCAUUUGUGAGGUGGUGAGGAGAGAGAAAUAAUGUAAAAAAUGUUGUUUCCUCCAUUUAAUUCCUGACUUAAAAUAAUUUGUGAUUCUCCUGUAUUUUCCAAAUGUGAGAUCAUGUGAUCACACGUCAAAACUAGAAUUCACAAAGUUGCAAACAUCCCAAGAUUGUUGCGAAACCAUCACCGAGCAUGUGCAAAUCACACGCUGACCGUUGUGAACACAUGGUCCACUUAUUUCACAUGUAAUCACACUUGAAGUUUUGAUGUGACAUUAAGCAGGUUUUGCUUGUGAAAGCAGGCGCUAAGAUAGGUUUGUGUUUCCAUAGUUGAUCAUAGGUUUGCAGCUGCUUAGACUUCUAAAUAACUCCCUCACUGUGCAUAUGCAAAUCCAUGAAUCAUCUUUGCCAUGAUGUAAUGUGUGGUAAAGGUGUCCAGGAGCUUUAAAAUACAGAGGACACUAAUCUGUAAAAUUCCCAUAUAUGUGUUCGGCUCCAGCUCUCCACUAAAAAGCUCUCCUUUGAAACGCUCGACUUUUGUUUGUCAUUCAUUUUUGUCUGAUCCUACUCCUGGUAUGAAUGGUGCACUGCAGAGACAGCAAUCCUGAGUCAGAGGGAAUUAAUAUGAUGUUACCGCUCAGUGGCAUAAAUCCCUGGAUUGACCGACUCCUGCCAUGCUCUCACAUGAGCUUUUUAUGGCCAACAUGACAUAGCUGUACGGGAUCAAUCCAAAAGUGCUCCCCUGACAGAGAGAGAUUGUAUCCUGGGAAAGAUAUUGUUUAAAGGAGGGUGACAUUUUUUUUGUUAAUAUUACUUAUGAGAAAACUUCAUAUUCAUGAACGAACAGCAGUAUAUAAGAAGUAAGAGCUGGGAUAUAUGAACUCUUAAUAUUUUAUUUAAUCAUAGGGAGCUACAGCGUUAAUUUUUUAUGGUGAGUUUGAUUAGAUUCUAGGUCAUGGAUACAUUUUUAAUCUUCCAUCAGCAGCUAUCAGAGUUUUUGUUUUGUUUUGUUUUUUGCCAAUCAAGAAGAAAUCAAGAAGCAGCUGCUCUACUCCUCAAACAGAUUGCUCCAGAAACACAGACAAUUACACCAAACACUCCAGGGUCUUUUUUGCGGAAGCGAGGGUAUCGUAGGUUUUUGACAAGUCGGCUUUUUAAAGCAACUUCUGUCAGCUCCUCACUCUGCUGUAAUGCAUGUGUUUGACUGUAAUUUUUAAAAGAACCUUCCAACCAUCAUCACCGCUCACAAUCCUCCCCUGGUGUGCAUCUCGGCUCCAAGACACAACUCUUAAUACCCCUCAGAGGAAUUUACAGUGAGCGUGUGUGCUCAUGAAUAAAGAUGUCAAGGGCUGACAGUGCAGUGACUGGGAAUGAGCAGCUUACGGAGUAAAUGCAUUACACUGGUAUGGAGGACACAAUCCACACGCUCCCGCUCUGCUACUAUAGGGGGGAAUGAAAGAUUCAUGGCAUCCUUGAGAGCGAUGGCUGUAUUGAUUCGAAUCACCCUGCAAAUUGCGGCUGAUGGCUGAAAAGUGGAUGUAUUUUAUGUCUCCUCCUCUAGAUGUAUUUCAACUUAUCAGUCCUCAUGCAAAUCAGUUAAGCCUCUGGAUUAAACUCCCUCCUAAAAUCACACACUAAAGAAAAAGAAAAAAAAAAAAAUCUCAUAUGCUCUCAGAAUUCCUUUUUAAUUUCACCCAUUUCUCCCAGAUGACAGUUGUUUUUAAAUAUGCUCUUAAAGAAUUGCAAUGAGAGACAUGAUGAUGAAUGUUUUUCCAUGCCCGUCAAUAGCGUCAGUGGAAAAUCUUUGAGAAAGUAAGGCCAGGAUUUGAGGAGGCUGUGUGACAUGGGGAGCAACAAAGCUUCGGCUCUUUUCACUGAAAAGGCAAAAAGUUAAGCUGCUUAUGCGUGUGCUUGGAUAUUAAAAGUGGUGGAACAAUGGCGACCGUGGGAGCGCAGAAAAGGCCUUAAGCACAAGGGCAAUUUUUGUUCAAAUUUUGUGAACUAGACGGGUUGUUCGUGAAGAUACCACACGCGCGGUUCCCUUCCUCCAGGGAUGAUACAUAAUCAAUGAGGUAAAUGCUUUCCCCGAUGGCUUUGUGGAGCUAUCCUAUUCCACGGGGUGUAAUAAUACUUUGUACCUGAAUGAGUCUUAACAAAAGGAAGCUGACACCGCCUCAAGAGAAGUUAAAUGGAUAAUGGCUACAUAACAGCGAGCAGCUUAGCUAACCGUGCCAAAUGAGCCGGGGACAUGUGGUAUGCGUGGGUGCAGGGUUUCAUGGGUGACUCCCCGCAGAGGGGACUGACAGGCCGUGCACCCCCAGCUGAGGGGUGUAGUGAGGGGACACAGAGGGGCUUCGGUGCAUGAGGUGUGCUGCAAGACACUUGGAUGACCAUCCUCCAAAAGAGCACAUCCAUUUUUCAUCGCGCUAAAGCUUCUAUGGUGUCUCUCAGUAUGAAGUGAAGCACACACACAGCGUCUCACAUCAGGUUUCAUAUGUUAGAUACCAAUCAGCUUGUUCAGGUAGAUGUUACAAAUUAAAGCAACACUGUGAAACCUGCACGCAUCAGGGAAAUUUGCAUGUUACUUUAGGUAAUGGAUGUCUUGCUACCAUCGCUUCCAAUGCUAUUCCUUGCGGUGUUGCAACCUCAACUUCAAACAGACUUGUCAGAUCUUUUUACUGUAUGAUGAAUAAUCAUGAGCAAACCAAAAAUCGGAGAUCAGUGUGAGGCACAAGUGACCUUUAAGCUUCAGUGGGGUUUGUACUUGUAUUUUCGACCAUUAUUAUUUUCAAAGUCUCCUCAUGGUCUACAAAAACAGGCAAGACCAUUAGAGAAGAGACUGAUACUUCUAUGAAGGAGUGAGUUACACUCCGCUGAAACUGCCUUUGUUCAGAAGGUUUCACACUGGGCAGUAUGCUGUAUUGAACAGCUAAAACUAAGCUGCGGAUGAGCUCUUUGGUAAAAAAAGUUCACCUACAGAUGCAAAGAAAAGCUCGUUAGAGAGAUGCGAGAGCCUAGGUUCAUGCAGACUAGUGCAGUGACCACUUGAGGCUGGCUCCUGAAGCCACCGAUACCUCAGAUCUCCCAUAUUAAAGUGGCUUCUUUUACAGAAUUAAUCGUGUUUUCCCUCGUACAUGGAAAACAUUUGGAACUCAUUUUGGGCGCGAUAAGGGUGCGAUAAAUUUGACUGACUUUAGGGUCUUUACCAAGUCUAAAUAGUUUGUGAUAGCAGUAACGCUAGCAACAGAGAGCAACACAGACCGCUUGAUCUUCACUGUUCAGUGGAAACAAUCCAUCUGCAUCCUUUUUGGCUCAGUGAUAUUAACUUAGUACAAGUUUCUAAUAUGGUAGCCACCUCGUUUGAGCGUCAUUCCACUUUUUCAGAAACCACUGAGUGGUGUCCUGACACCUUGUCCAUGUUUUAAUAGAAUAAGAAAACUAUCAAGUUCAAUGAAGUCAUUAAAAAAAAAUCCCCCCCAAGGAAACAUACUUUGUACUAUUUUGUUGUACUAUCAUCUUGAAUUAUGCAAAAUGUUGUGCCUAAAAUUAAACACUGCUGGGGUUUCACACCAUUGGUUGCAGGGAUGUGCAUAUAUAAGAUAUACUGAGUGAGAUUAUAUAUACAGUGAAUUAGUGGAGCUUUAUAUUAGGGAUGGGCAUUUCAAGCAAAAAUUCUAUCUCACAGUCAGGAACUAUUCAACAAUUAAUCAAAUAACCAUCGCUCUGCAAGGUGCCUCCCUCUGUGCUCAUCAGUUGUAGAUAAAUGAUUCGCUGCUUUGACCCGAAAACGUUUCCGCUGGACUUUUGGUUAGAGGGCAAAGUCUCUGUGGGUUUAUCUGGUUCUGAAUCUCACACCGCAAGACCUUUUUUUUUUUUUUCUUCAGAAUCUGGCUUUAAUGCUCUCUUAACUGGCGGUGAGCAAACUGCUUAGCCAGCAUGUAAAAUUCCCCAAGUCUUUAAAAUCAUGGCUCACCUGAACUUGAUAUUAGUUUGGGGUUUCUAAAGCACCUGAGUGUGUCAUAUUUUCAUUUGUAAUUGAUUUUGAAUGGUAUUAUGUAAUAUUUCCCCAUCCCCUCCUUAAUGGGAUCCAGUUUUAUUUGCAGUUUAGAGAAACUUUCCAUAUUUGUACAAUGAUAGCAUAUGGAUGAGUUCAAAGCAGAGAAAGACUAAAGUCAAAGCAGUGUAAGUACAACAUAAAAUAACAAUUAAAUGAAGCUUGAAACAGUAAAACAAUACACCUCUCACUUUGCAUUGGGUUGUAAUGUUCAUCCAAAGGCUAUUUUUAUCCCAUGCUUGUACUGGAGGUGGUAAUCUAAUAUUCCCCCCCAUACCAUCUGUGUUUUUCUCUUAACCACUCACUGUACUCUAACUUACAUUUUUCACCAUCCAUUGCAUUCGAUCCAGUGACAUUUGUGCCGAACUAGAUGGAAUAAAUCAUCAUGUAGCAAAGAUAUCAUAAAAUGAAAAACAUAAACACAAAUAAGAUGUGGUGUUGGAGCUGGAGCUCGCUAGUUAUUCCUGAUGGCUCUGGAGACGCUGAUUGAAGAUGAAAUUAGGCCAGGCCGCGUGGCUCACAGCAGCCACACUUAGGCGAGAUAUUGCCACAAGGGCUGAGGACUGGAAACAAAGGGUUAGCUUGCAUGGCCUCUCCCUACAUGCCCUAGUCCCGAUUGGCUAUGCCCCAGUAACGUUGCGUAUUGGCUUAAGCAGAAUAGCCCUAAACGAGAAACAUGUCAGAUUCCAUUAUACAAGACUUAUUACCAGGCAGUAGUCUGCGGCUGUGCUGUUUAAAGCUGGGGUUGUGUGAUAGCACGCUGAUAGGAGGAUAUAAAAAUAAAAAUCAGUGCUCAACAAUAUUACUCAUGUUUCCCCCCCAAAGUAGAUCAGCUUAUGCAGAUUAAUAUGAAGCUUCAAUACAUCAAAAUCGAACAGCAGGGUUGAAAUGGGGAAUAGCCUCUCUCUCUCUUUUUUUUAAAUAACAUUAAAAACAUGAAGCUGUCCCUGCAUUACUCCAAAAGUAUAAACACCAGCUUCUCUAAUGUUUAUGUAUCUUUGAGACAUCUAACACUUUCACCACAACUGUGUUUGACAGUGAGCCACUGUUGUGAAUGUCCUAAGCACCACUUGAUUAAACUGCAAUCUUUCAAUAAUUGAUGAUGGAAACAGAAUCUACAGUUAAUGAAAUUUCCAUCAUGAAAAGAGAGCGAGUCCUAAUACACUGUCCAUUCAUUCAGGGAGGUGUAAAUAACAUUUCUUGGCUCACAGGGAAACACUGUGUAAAGGACACUCAGUACUACAAAUCGCUCAGCUGUCAGUAAUUUUAUGUGUGGUGCAUCUAUGGCCGUGUUUGGAUAGUGAUGCAUCAUGAUGAAAUGAGUUCUGCGGUGGUAUAGGAAGAUUUCAGAGCUUCAAACUCCAACAGGCAGCUGUCUUCAGCAGCGCUGACACUGUGCUCUACAGAUAAUUCAACAUUUAUAAAAAGAAUUUCAAAAAAGUUGGAUUUGAAAUAGGAAAAAUUGAUUGUACCUGCAAAAAAUAUUUGCUUCUGAUGUUGUUGGCCAAGUGUUUUUUUUGCAAACCCCGCGUACCAAGGUCCACUAAGCAGGCAGCUGAAAAAAAGAAAAAUACAAGAGGAUUCUAAAAAGCAUUGGAACUGGGACAAUUAAACACUGGAAAGGCUGUGAGCACUAAAAAAGUCUCAGAGAAACAUUUUGCUUUUUAAAAUAUGAGGUUGUAUUUACCAUGGCUCUAAUUUGCAGAGCCUCUUAGGUCCUAUAAGGUGCUCAUUUUAUCUUAAGUGCAGUAAAUAUUUACCUUGUGCGUACACAUGGGCUGAGAUUCAGACAAUAUGAGAACCUUAAGCAAAAAUAUCAUGGUGUUGAUAUACUGUAGUCCUUCAAUUACAGUUCUUUAAUACAUUAAUUUGAAAACUUUUUUUUUCCACUGAAUACGUUUAUUUUUAAAAUUUCCAAACAACUUAUGUAAUAUUUGGAGCAUUAAUAAACAUCUUUGUUAAGUUAAAACAAAAAGAUGAAUAAUUAAUUGACAGAUUUCAUUAGAAAAUGCCAACAGUGCAACUAUAACAAUGCAAAGCCUAUAGCCAACUGCAGCUAGCAGUAGGAAUGGGCGAUAUAAGCUAAAACAUUUAUCAUGAUAAGUUUUGCCAUUCUAAUGAUAAAAGUCCCGAUGACAGAUAUUAAAAUUCAUGAUUUUGACUUAUUCUGUCUUGAGGACACCAGUUGGCAUAGUCAAAAAGAUACUUAACCACUAGUGUAAGUGGUACCUUAUAGAGAAAACUUGUAAAAUGUGAAAACACUUUCAACAUUAGUUAAACAUGUUUUGCACAGAGUGAACAGCAGCAGCAGAUCCACUCUGCGAUGUCAGGCAUACCUGAUUGCACUCAUCUAAGCCCCAAUCUUGAAGGAAAUCCCUCAUGUGGAGCCUCGUUCAGUAACGAGCUGCUCAAAGAUGUCCUCUUCAUUACUUUCAGACAUGUUUGUUUGUUAUUCUGAUCUGUGUGAGCUACGGCUGUGAGUCCGUCGCUUGUGCUUACGUCAUCAACUUGCAUUUAUCAAAUUCAUCAUGAGAUGGCAAACUUUUAUCAUGGAUGAAUUUUCUGACUAUAUAUUGUGAAUGAUAAUUUAUCGCCCAUCCCUAGCCAGCAGGCUAACACACAUAUCACUCUCUAACCUAACUGUAAAAGACUAUGCUCCGGUUUUCACAAGUCAUGUUGGAGCCAAAUUUAAACAAGAGGGAGCAACUUUAGUACAAACAUCUUAUGUUAGACACUGUACACAUCAAUCAAUCAAUCAAUCAAUCAAUCAAUCAAUCAGUCUUUAUUUAUAUAGCACUUUUCAUACAUAACAUGUAGCACAAAGUGCUUCACACAGAUAAAGGAAUAGAAGAAACAAAGAAUUCCCAAAUUUACCCCAACCCAAGAUUAAAAGAAUACCCAAAUCAACCCCAGCCCAACCCCUCAUUCCCACCCCACAAUCUAAUUGCAACAGAAACAGUAUUAAAAUGCAUGAACUUAAAAAGGGCUUGAUUUUGUGGAAACAGGAAUGUGCGCACUGAGGAAACGUAAUUUUAAAACUCAAGAUAAGGAAACAUGUUAAUAAACUGUGUGCACAAGAAAACAGCUAAUGCACACAAGAUAAUUUUCCUCUGCUUACAACAUAAUAACCUUUAUGCACAAGACGAUGAAUAUCCUGUGUGCGGUAGAUACAAAAAACCUUUGCUGGGCUUCAGGAGCUCUAUGUAAACCACAUUACACAUGAAAGAGAGCGAGGAAGACAGAAAGCUUGUUCCACGUUCAUAUAGUUGGAUAAGUUUGACAUUAUGUAAAAGUGAAAUACAAACACAAAGAAUUAACUGGAGAAAACGUGUGUCACAUUGAGGAGAGUUAAGUGCUGCAAACUGAUAAAUCAGAAGCCUGUUAUCAGGCUUCUGGCAGGACCCAACUCCGCAAAACCUCUACAACAAUAAUAACCCCAAUUUCUGUAAUUUGUUGUCUAAAAGCAGGUAACAACCAGCAUUAGGGUGACUCACAGCCACCUAUUGUGUUGGAGUGUCAGUAAACCAGCAUACUCCUGCAAAUGCGCUGCGUCAUUGCGUCAAAUUUGUCUUUCAAAAUUAAUUUGCUGCAAAGACUUUUGCAACAACUUCAAAGACACACACUGUUGACCCACUGAAAAUGACCUGGGUCCUGACCCAUUAGCUGAAAACCACAUUCACCAAUUAAAUUCACUUGCAGUGUAUUUGCUGUAAUUGCCUUUGGUUGUGACUUUCAGGGAAUUUUUAUAUCACUGGAUGCUGUUUUAAUGGCUCUAAACCUUGUUUUUUCAUAUUUUUGAAUUAAAAAAUUAUCUUUCCAUGGACAAUAGAGAACAGACAAAUAUAUUUGCUUAAUUUGGAACAAAACUUCAGCCAUUAUGUGAGAAGCCCUGUUGACAGUACCAAAGGAAUAACACAAAUCUCUGGACAGUCUUACCUUAAAAGCCUCCACAAUGUAAAAGAUUUGCAUGAAGCAUUGUAGUUUGUGUAGUACAAAUGUAUACCUUUGUAUGGGUGCAGAGCAUACAGCAAGCUGAGACAUUAAAAAAAUGAAAAACAACAAAGACAAACAGUUAACAUGAAUGUGUGUUUUACAUGGACUAUACAUAGAAUGGACGUCUGCCUCCUCGCUGGGUGAAGCCACCGUGAGAACAGCACCCUCUGGUGACGGGCUGCGGUAUAGCUCAUAAAUCCUGCUUCUUCCAGCAAUCCCUAUGGAGCAAACUUGAGAAAUGAAUGACACAGAAUAUAUUUUUUCUGAGCAGCUCCAUUUUUAAAAGUUAGUAGGGGGUUCAUAUUUUCUAUGAUUGACACUUGAUACAGCCUAUGGGUGUACAAAGAUUGUGUAGAUCCUCCGGGGGAUACGCUGUUUGAACAGAGUGUCAUCACAGUGACUCUUGGCAAUUCUUCCACUGAUUGUGUACAACACUACUGUGCAAGUGGUGGUUCCAGGAAUUGUAGACAAUCCCAGAGAUACCGAGAGCAAUUCCGCUUCAAAUUUGUAUGGUGACAGAAGGCGGAACCAAGUUUUCCAUAGUAUAUACAGUCUAUGGUGUUUUAUCUCCACUUAAUGGCUCCUCAUACUGAUGUUUUAUCAGUGUGUAUGACAUCUGAAUUGACACUCUAUUUGUUCCUCAUUGCAAUUUUCUAUGUUGUGAUUAUGAGUCCCAUUUGUAAUACAGUGAGCAAUUGCAUCAACUUGUAAAAAAGCUAAAUUGCAGAACUGAAAGUAUUUCCCUGUGGACCAAAAACAUAAAUCAGAGCCUCUUUAACAACAGUCUGACAGUUUAUAUCAUGAUGACGCUUCAGCUGAGGAGUCUGUUUGUCAGGCCGUCAGCAAGAGGGGAUCAUGAUGUAAAAACAAGAUCUGUCUGUGUAAAUUCAGUUGAUAUACAGAGAGUAUGCUCAGGCUUGAAUUCAGCUUGAGUUUGGUUGGAUUUUAAACCUUCUACUUGUCAGGAAUUAGUUUCUUUGUGCAUAAAACCUUAGAAAAAGACUCUCUGGUGGAUCAUCUGUGACAGGAACCCCCUUAACUAAUGAAAACUGUGUUCAGUAGAAGUAUUAAGAAAUGAUGUGGCUCCCAAAAGGUUAGAUAAUUGUGGUUUAGUUGAAGAAAAACUGAGAAAAUAAGAGCUUUGCUGUUUGGGUUGGCUCAUAGCCUUGGUUUGAAAUUCAGAGGAAAUGAAUAACACCGUUGUUCUCUUCCAUCUUUCUUCAGGUCAUGCGUAACUUUUCCCAUCACAUGCUGAUACAAAGUGGAGGAAGAAAGGCAGUCCCUGUUUUAUUUACAAAAAGUCCCUCUUUGUUUGCAGGAGGACAUACACAGUUUGACAAAAUAAUGGAGAAAACCAUGAGAUGAACACUUGAUCAGAUCAAGUUUCAUACCCGCACAGUCUGUGCUACUUUAACACGGCUGUUUGAGAGGAAGCUUUUCUUUCAUCCUUUUGCUGUAGAGGUGACAUUCAGCAGGAGACUGGAUGAGAGGGGACCCCCAUGGUUUAGCCUUUAAGCAUGACUAUUGUUUCCCCAUCUGCUGAGGGAAACUCCAGCCCAGAAAUAUCUCUGCUGAAUUGGCUGAACGAAGUGCUCAAUAAUUUACCCAAGAUCUCUGCUUGAACAAAUAUGAUUAUUCGGUUUAACUCCUAUUUUUCCUUCUCAGUUUGGUGACUGAGCUCAUUACAUGUAUUUUUUAUAGCAUUUCUGCUGCUCACGUUGUGGAAUAUGUGGAAAAAAAACUGGAGGUAGUGCAUGUAAGCAUAUAGCCACAUAGAUGUUAAAGCAUAAUGCUGUUAGCAAAACAAUUUUUAAUUUAUAUGCUGAAGGCUGCAUCUAGUGAACGAAGGCGAUGCAUAUUUAAUGCACCAGUUAUGCUAUACUCGGGAAACUUAAGAAAGCCCCUGAGAAAGGGGGUAGCUGCAACUGUUUUCCCAUAUAUUGAGGAGGAAUGCUGAAACUUCACAUUUUCAUUUAUAUAGAUACGUUAAUUACACGUGCCUCGCUUUAUGAGGCUGCAGCAGUACAGAAAAGUGUCUGAUCUUGUUGCCCAGAGUACAGAAGGCAAAUUCUUCAUUUUCAAACAGUCAAAGAGUGAAAAUAUGACCUAAAUGUUUGUGUCCUUUUUGGUGCAGCUCAGCAGAAAAUGUUAGAUAUAGAAUUUAUUUGAUAUUCAUCACAAGAUUCGCAGGAAAAUAUGUUAUAUGAGUCAGCUAUAAACUUGUUUUUAAAAGUAUGUCAUAUUCCAACUGAGGAACUUUAUUGGACGUCAUCCUCUAAUCACUUUGCUCAUUUCCCCUCCUGUGUCCACCUUUAGAUUAGGGAAAAAUAUCCUCAAAUAGCAUCAAACGUGAUAUUUUUGGAGGCAGAUUUUAAGUAUUAGUCACAAACUAGACUAAUUCCUUCAGGGUUUAUCAGAUAAUUAAAGUCAGUACUGAAUAACUGAAUAGCACUUGAACUGUUUUUUUUUCUCCACUCUGAAAAAAAAGAGCAAACAGUGAAAUCAAACAGAUCAAAGUCAGAAUUCAGACCGUUUCCUUUUUUAGAAAGGACAAUGUAGAAUUAAGUGAAGGAUUUCUGGGAAAUGCACGAAAGUGCUUUUUAUGAAAAGGGGAUUUUCUGUGGAAGGAAGGACUCACAGUCCCUUAGCUCUCCUCUUUUACCUCCCAACACAACAUUUUCAGGCACCCAUGACACCUGAGAAGAUAGCUGCCGAGUCGUCUUAUUAUCCAUAUACACAAGUGUACGUCAUAUAGAUGAUUCCGGUUAAUUCUGCCAUCAUUCUCAUACGCUGUACAUUUUUCAUGUCACCUCUUGUAUUAAAGCCACAUUAUCAUAUUCCCCAGCGGUGACAAUGCUGCAAGCCUUCUGGGAGAUUUUAUGCAGAAAUCCUUCCAACAGAACUCUGGCAUGUUGAGGCAGACCAAGUUUGUUAUAUUUAGUCAGACAGCAAGUCUACUGCUAAUGAAUGCUGCUGGCAGGGUGUCUGUGAGCCCUGCGGAGAUUACAGCGAACGCCGGUAAUAUGUGUCCUCUGUGAGGAGGGGCGACACAGCAAGCCAGACAGAGACAUAGACAGGCCUGAGAGUGACAGAGGGACAGUUAAAUAAAAUGUACUCUCUAUCAAAAGAAAAAAAAAAAAAAUCUGAAGAACUUCUUAAAGAGCAUGUUAACUUGGGUCUGAUCACAAUUUUACCUGCAAGUUACUUUCACUGUACUGCACCCAGUGUGUUGUUAUUUAGAGCCCAGUGAGUACAAACUUGUGUUGUUGGGCACAUGUGCCCACAGGCAUCAAUAAUAGCUUUCACUAACACCGUUAUAACCAGUGACUGCAGUUGAGAAAUGGGGAUACUCUGGGGCUCCAGACUAAGUUUAGAUCAAGGAUUGUUUUUCCGCUCUGCUGCCUCACACGAUUCUCAGCUCGAGUAAUUAUUCCUAUGAGCGCAUUGCAAUCCUCUAAAUUGGCUGUAAUCUGCCCUGCCUGUUUGAUCUGUUCGGCUAAACCCUACUGUCUGCACCAUGCUGGGGCUCUUGCAUCACAUUUGUCCAACCUCUGCAAGCUUUCUCAUUUUCAUGCUAUGUAUUGCUCAUUAAAACACACGUGGCACAUGUAUAGCACAUUUAACCCCUGGGCUUACUUAUUUUUAUCUCUUUUAUUUGUUCUGAUGUGAAGGCAAUGACCUUUAAAUCAGAUCAAGUUCUCUGCAUUUCUUCCUAACAUUUAUGUGAAACCAGAGGGAGGGGUUAGUCAUUUUUUGUUAUUAAUGUUUAAAUUAGGACUUAAGCUGCAACAAUACUUUUUAAUUUUACUGUGUGUCCCUGCAAGUUUAAUUCAAAUAAAUAAAAUCAGUUGCAUUUAUCAAGCAUAUCUUGAUAAAAAACUGCCAGUAUUUACUAAUACAUUCGAAAUAAGAAUAAAAACAGAAAUAAUAAGUAUUGGUGGAUAUCUAAGCUCAUGAGAACAGAUAUCCACCAAAUAAUGCCUGCAGACGCUGCAGGCAGCCUCGUCAGUGUGGCUGCUGACAAGCGGCGCAAACGUCCUCUUAAAUGAAGACCUGUUUUUCUAAUCCCCAAUGACAGCAUAUCAAAUCUUACAGUUACUGACAAGUGCUUGAUAGAUAUUUUGUUAUGACGUGUAGUGCAAUGGAGUUGAUAUUGGCUCCUAAAUAAAGGUUAUAAUCUGAAAUGUAAAACAUAACCCAGUAUACUUUUCUAUUUCAUGACUUAAUAUCAGAUUACCAGUGAUGUACGAGGAAUAAUGGCUGUCAUAUAUAACUGUAUAUAUUAUAUACUGAAUAUGUUGUUAAUAUAUAGUCACAUUUUAUCUGAAUCAUGUUUCUGUGGCACUUGUGUGAAAUACUGUGUUUUUGGAGGGAGCAUGUGUGGGACAAGCAAUAAGGCCCCAGUAUAGAACCUUGAGGUAUUCCAGAGGUGAUGAUGGGAGAGGCAGAGAAAUAGUGACUGAAAGGAUCUGUUAAAUAGGAUGUGAACUGCGAGAGAGCUCUACCCUGAACAUAAACAUGAUGUUCAGGACAGUUGAGGAGGCUGGACUGUUUGAUUGUGUAAAGAGCAGAGGUGAAUUCCAACAAUGUUGAUAUUGCAGAGUUACCAGGGUGAAGAGAUACCAGGUGGUUGGAGACUUAAAGCAGAGCUGACUCUGUGCUGUGACAUGCCUUGAAUGCCUGUGAUCUCAUUUAUUUCUAGGAACAACUGCUGAUGGACUCAUUUUUCCAUCGUUUUGAAAGAAAAGGCAAGUUUGAGACGGGCCAGAAAUUCUUCAAAACUGUUAGAUCAAGGUUUGGUCUUUUGAUGACAGGAUGAAUCACUGCUCGCUCAAAGCAGGGGGGAACAGAGCCACUAGACAGGCCGCUGUUAAGGAUGAGACAAACCGUGGGGCCUACAGUGUCAAACACUUACUUACAAAAGUCGUGCAGGAAUAAUGUUCAGGGGACAAGUAGGGAGUCUAGUGUGUGCAACUACGUCUUAAAUCUUAUCAAGAGACACUGCCUCAAACUCACUGAGGACAGCUGAGCAAGGGGGGUGGAGGUAGGAGGAAUGACAGGUAGGAGGUGAGAAAGCACAGCGGAAAUUAUCUAUUUUACUUAUGAAAAAAAUCAGCAAAUUGUCACAGGUGAUUGUAGCUGGCAGAGGGCAGGUGAAGACAGGAGGUUUAUGGACUGUAUUUAUUGUGCUAAAUAAAACUCAAAGGGAGAGUGGGAGUUUUUAGAGAUAUAUCAGCAACGUAUUUCUCCCUCGCUGUCUUAACAGAUAGGUGAUAACCAAUAAGACAGUUUCUCAUCCUGUCAUAUGACACUUGGAGUCUAUCAUUUCUCCAUAUUUUCCCCCACAGAGAGAGCCAGACUCAUCAUUAAGCAAGGGCUGAGUUUUAGGUUUUUUUUGCAUAGACGAAGUAGCUGAUGGAAUGAAGUAAAAGUCAGCUUUUCUGUGUUUCUCUUUCAGGGUCUGACUUUCAGUGUAACACCCAUGUCAUCCCGGUGAAAAACGAAGAGGGAGUGGUGAUGAUGUUUAUCUUGAAUUUCGAUUACGUCGUGGAUGAGGAGAGUGACAACUCCACUGAGAAGAUAAGCCCCACAUCCCCUACAAAGUCAGAUCAAAGUGAGUAUAUGACACAACUUGCUCAAAGUAUCCAGAAUAAUGUGCAGAAAUUAAACAAAAAAUUAAGGUUUUAUGAUCAUUUAUCCUUGAUGAGUAUUUUCUAGGUUCAAACAACUAAUUCAUCAACGGGAGGGUUGAGUAUCUCAUGUGAGUUAGCUGAUGGUUAUUCCAAAUACAAGCCUUUAACCCACCAAACAUCGGACGUCGAAGAGACGUGCAGAUGAAGUCGGUAUUGGGUCAGUCCAUUAAAGACCACAUCUACACGUCAGUGCGUCGAAAAAUGCGUUAAAUAGAUGUCAUUUUGACACUGCAUUGUGCAGUGGGAAGGGUCUUAUCUGGCCUAACUAUACUACAUUGUACUGCUUCUUACCUUGAAACCAACCAAAUAUACAAGCAAAUUAAAACUAAGAAUUGAACUAGACAUGCAUUAAUGAGUUUAUCUACAGUUAGACAAGAAAGGCCUACAAUUUUAAAGGUUGGUAGCACCUCCACCAGAAGAUCUGCUUAAGAGUCCAUUUCACAUUAAACUCAAGAUUUCUUUAUCCACUAUUAGCACCUCUAUAAGAUCUCCUCAAUGUUUAAAGGGGUGUAUUAUUCUUCCCUCGUCCCUCUGAGAGCCUCUUAGCAGUUUUUAAUAACCCUCCUUCACUGUUGCCAUGCUGUAAAGUUGUGUUUCUUUUUAUGAAAUGACUAAUUUGCUCUUUAAAGGAGAUUCACUGUUUGGCAUUGCCCCUCUUUGAGCAAAUCUGAUAUUGAUCUCGCUGAAUUCUCGUAAAACUUUUUAAAGAAGCAAUUCAGAGUUUCCUGUUGUCCCAUCUGGGGACUUGAAAUCUGAUUUUUUUCUCAUGGAUAGUUCUGAUGUCCAACAUUUUAACCUUACAUUUGUUUUCAAAAUAUGAAAAAAUUGAAAUACCUCCUCUGGCAUUUUCUUUUCACUCUUCUAGUCAAAGCUGUGUUGUGAUUUGUAGCUAUUUGUGUUUUAACAUCUUUUUCUUAUUCUAGUGCUGUUUUGUCACUUCUUGUCUUCUUGUUAUGUUGGUGACUGCUUUUCUUUUAUAGCAGAAAUAUUCUUCGUAUUGUCUUCAGUGCUAUCAAAAAGAAAUGUUUGUGUCACAUUGUUAACGGCAAGAGGUGAAACACUGUUCUGAGAUGUGUGUGAUCAGGAGGUCUCUAGCUUUGCUUUUGCUGUUGAGAAUUUAUAACUGUCGUCUGGGAGUUUAGACCAAUCUGAAUCACAUCUUCAACACAGAAAGUCAGAUAAUAACGAUAUCAUAUUCAACAUGCAUUUAUCACCAUCACCAAAUGAAACACAGUCAUUGGGAAAGCACCAUUUCCUCAAACAAUUAUUUUCUCCCUCUUUUAAUACAAGGCAGUUACACGAAGUGGGGAGCUGAAAUUGAGAUAAUUCAUUAAAUGAGCACUCUGCAUCUCCCAGACACUAAUUAAGUACUGCAGAUUAUGAUUCACUUCCCUAACAUCCUCUGUUUAACACCCAAUAACAUCUCAAGCUUCUGUCCCUCUCUGGUGCAUUAUUUAGUUUUGUUCAUGUAUGGUGCAGCACAGGGCGUGAGUGGUUACAUAAGCUUGUGUUAUAGAGUAUGUUAAAUUAAUGACAGAAUGGCUAUUUCUGUCUUGUUCUUUUGGUAAGGCAGCAUAUUCAUCAUGCAUGCAUGUGUAUACCUUGUUUUGUAUUUGAAUGUGUGUCAGUGGGUGUGAAUGUCAAUCAGGCUCCUCCCUGAUUGGAGGCACUCAGCAUCUCUUGUCUAACCGGAGCUCAGCUAUCCACUUCACUCAGCAUGAAUUCCUCCGAGGCACUGGCAUUCAGCUUGUGCUCCUCCGUCUCUAUGCGUGUAUGUAAGUGUACGCGUGUGCAUGCAUGUGUGUACAUAUCUGCUUAUGUGCAAGUGAGUGCCUGUGUCCGCUGCUAACAUUGCUAAUCAAAAUUGAUUGCUUGUGACAGUGCUUCAGAGAGGGGACCUGUGGGUAGAUGGGGGAGUCAAACAUAUGAUGUGACUUUAGAUUAGAAACAGUCUUGACAACUUGCACACAUCACACUUAGAAUGUGACCUUUCCAUUGUCUUUGCUUUUAAGCGGCCCUCAGAUAACAUCAGGGCAUAGGGGUAAUUUAAUGCUUCGCGUGCUCUGACUUCAACUUUCGCUGCACAUGAUUCGUGAACAUCAGCUUUAAAAACUUGAAUUUAAUUCCUAGCGUUUUACCUGAAAUACUCUUUCUUGGAAUAUUUCUUCAUAGCCUAACCGUGUAUCAGUGUAGCUGCAUGUAAAAAGGGAUUUUUGACUUUUGGGGCUAAUUAUGAUCCACUGUUGACAGCAGAAGAUAAACCUGCAGGUGUCAGCGAGCACAAUAUUGAGCUUGGAAGAAAGUAAUCCCUCUUCCCCUGAGCUGCCAUCUAAAACACACCGUUCAGCAGCUUCGACCUGCCUUGAAGACCCAAAACAAGACACAAAAGCUACAAAUUACUCAGCAGAAAGAUACACUGUUUGGUCCUGAGAGAUUCACUCUUACUGCCUCGCUACACAAUUGGAAAGAUUUUCUGGUGUAAUCACAAGUUUAACUUGGAACUGGAGUUUGAUUGGAAGUCUCUGUUACUAUCAGAUUUUUCUUUAUUUAAGUGAAAGACAGUUUUCCUCCAGUGUAAAUACCUUUGUGUCAACGAGGAGCUAUGCCUGGAGUUACCUUGCAGUGAACAAUUAAACAUGUUAAAGCCACAUUUCGAACCAAAAUGAAAUGAGGUACUAAUCACAGAAAUAAAGGUUCUUCCUUGUUGUUUGUGUUUCCUUUCCCGUCUUAAGACACUUUAAGAUUAGACGAAAUAGUCUGCAUGUGAAAAUGUCUACAUACGCUCUCAGUGAGUAGGUUACUAGCCCUCUUGAGGAGUGAGACGUGUACCAAUAUUUUAUCAAGGCCAUUAUUACCAGACUGUGUUUAGCACUUAAUUCUGACUGGUCAGUACCCCACAGACGCAAUGUGUUAUUUGUUGACGGCAAAGUGUUGUCAGGGGCAGCAUGGUCCCGCAAUCAAGUCAGUGCAGGUCUGGCACAUUUCACUUCUGCCUUUUAACACUAUGGGAAAGAAGUAAGCAAUGUCAGUCAUAAGCAAUGUGAAGGUUAGUUUCAGUAUUUACAGCCCUGCACUGGACUUCAGUGGAGGAGACAUUGACUAAGUUGGAGCUGACAGACACAAAGCAAACACAGAAUAAAACACAGUAAUGGCUUUGUCUCAUCUAAAUUCAUCUUAACUAUUCAACUUAAUGUGAGUUCUGACCAUAGACUGUAUAUAGAAUGGACGCCGACUACCUCCUUGCAGGGUGAAGCAACCGGGAGAACAGCACCCUCUGGUGACAGGCUGCAGUAUAGGUCAUAAAUCCCGCCUCCUCCAGCAAUCCCUGUGGUGCUGUGGACAAACUUAGAAAUUUAUCACACAGAAUAUAAAUUUUCUCCCUCCUGGUUGUGAUGUUAACAUGUAGUUACUGUAAGACUGGUUUGUGCUCAAGUCCUCUUUUUUUCUUUGUAGCGCCAUUUCUAAGUUAUUAGGGGGUUCAUGUUUUCUAUGAUUGACACUUGCUACAACCUAUGGGCAUACAAAGAUUGCCUAGCUCACACGGUGGAUAUGCUGUUUAAGCUGAGCGUCAUCACAGCAACUCUCCUGCUGAAUGCGUACAACGCUACUGCGCAAGUGGUGGUUCCAGGAAGUGGAGAAAAUCCCAGAAAUACUAAGAGCAUUUUAGCUUUAAAUUCAUGUAAUGACGGAAGGUGGAACCAAGUUAAUAUACGCAGUCUAUGGUUCUGACAUUUAAGCACAGCAGUUUAACUUGAAAUUAAAAAUAAAUGUUUUACUUCAUGUUGAUUCAACCUUCAAGUAGGCUGUCAUUAAAGGUGCUACCAACUGUAACAAGCAUAGGGACUGUUUAGCCAGCUGUCUAAAAGACUUCCUGACUGAUAUAGAUAGAAUCGCCUUUAAACCUGUAUUUUUUAUGUAUUUUUGUAAUUAGUCUUGAGUUAAUGACAGGGUAAUAAGUAGGACAAUGUAUCCUGAGCAGGUUUUUAUAGUGGAGUGAAAUCCAGACAGAACCUCCCAAAGUUACCCCCAGUUGAGAGUCAGCAUAAAACAGUAAGAACUAACAAAUUUAGCCGUAAGACAUAUUUAAAUUGUGAGGUAUUUAUAGAAAACUGACAUUUAUGAUUUUGCCAGAGGUUUCCUGAAACCCCAGAUUCAUACCACCACAGCUGGAGACUGUUUUGUAAUAUAGAAAGAGCAGCCAGACAGGCUCCUAGCUCUUUCCAUAUUUAAGACUCUAUAUCACGUAUUUUUGAAUACUGCUCUCAACUCAAGAUAGUUAAUGAACCUGUGAGAGAAGUUCAACUUUUCUUCCUUAAAGCCUGAAACACUUCAUUUGUUGCUUGUAAACCAUUACACUUCGUCUUAUCCUUUACUUUGAUCAAAAUCUUACAAUUUGUCAUCUGUGCCACUUUAAGCUGCAACUCAGCUCAAGUGAUGCCAAGUCUUAUCCUCACCAUUUCACACUCACAGAUUUUUCCUCCUGCAGCUUUAGAAAUAUUCAGUCAGUCAUGCAUUAGUGUGAACACAAGUGUAAAAUAUCUCCUGUUUCUGUCUACUUCAUUCAUGCUUAAGAGCCACAUGAGAGUUGUUAAGGCGACAUUAUGGCUUUGUAUGAGUUAUCAGAGUCCCAUGUUAAUGGUUUGAAUUUGUUUGAAGCCAUCUCAGGGGAGAUAUCAAGACAGCGCUGUGAGCCCUUAAGGGUUGGAGUUUGGUUGAAAAAGCUGUAGUUAGUCUGGCAAACACUUCAGCAACACACACAAGAUAAAAAAAGAGAUGAUUUGAGAGUAGUCGUUUUAUAAACACACAAAACGCACAUAGCAUCCCUGUGUUUGUGUCGAGGACCGGCUGUAUCACCACAUAUCAGAAAGUCACGACCCCCAUCUCUAUUUUCCUUCCUUUGCUGCCGCACUGACUCAGUAUGACCGCAGUAAUUCCCAUAUGACUGUCAUGUGACCUUACCCACUCUUUGGUCCCAAUGAGGUGAGAAAAACCAAGAACCAUGAAUCAAUAGAAGUGAUGACAUCUCCUGAAUUAGUCGUGACAGACUGAAAGAAGUGUGGUUAUUAGCCUUCCCUCAUGAUAUUUAUUUUUACUCUCUUAACAUCAACAACACUCAACAAUCCAAAAUGUCAUAAAAACCAAAACAUAAAAAAGACAAAGGCAUGAUGGAGAACUUUGAGAUUUUUUCUCAAAUGAUGUACAGCAUUAUUAGGACUUGCUCUAUGUGUGUUUGAUAGACCUUUCCAUACCAAAUAAUGCUAAACAGGCUUAUAUAAGCAUCCGGCCUGAGGAGCAUUCUGCAGUGAUGACAGAGUCUCCCCACAGAGCAAAGACAGGAAGGUUAUCCAUAUCUCAUGCCAGCUCAGGAUGUCAUUAGGUUCCUCUCCAGGAAACUUGUUGAGUGUCACGGCCCUAUCGUAAGCUGCUAUAGUUGUAACAUCAGCACGUUUGGUCAGGGGAUGGAAACAGAUGGCCACAGUGUUACAUAAGGAGAGUGCUGAGGGAUGGGUGCCCCGCGAGUGAAGCAGGGUUCACUUUCACCCUCUUUCUAUAGUUAAUGAGGCAAAACUUUCACUCUUGUCCCCAGAGGUCAUUAUCAUUUCCUACAGUGUCAAUCAGGAGUUGGUCCCUGUAAAAAUUCAACAGUGCAACCUGCUUUUUCUGCAUAUAUCUAAGAAUUGUAAGUAGAUUUAGAAGAAUGAAAUAUUAGUGGCUUUUUCUCAGAUACAGUCUUAAAAACAUUGGGUAAAAAACAAACCAAUUUGGAUAGUUUCCCAACCCAGCGCUGGUUAAAUAUUAGACAGAACACAUGCUGGGUUAAUUUUACCCAACUAAUUGGGUUGGUUCACUUAACCCAACAAUUGGGGUUCUUUAAACCCAGCAUUUGGGUUCACAUUAGAGACAUCAUUCGCUCACACAGUCACACCUUGGUAGUGGUAAACUAUCUUAGUAGUCACAGCCGACGGAAAUGUGGCUGCCAGUUUGCGCCUACGCCUCUCCAACCACCACCACAGAACACUCACAAUCACACGCCAGUAGAGGACACACACUGGGAGCAAGGUGGGUCAAGUGUCUUGCCUAAGGACACAACGGACAGACUCAGGAUAGGGGGUAAUGGAACCGCCAACCAUCCGGUUAGUGGACCACUGCUCUACCUCCUGAGCUACUGCCACCCCUUAACCGCUCCCUUUCCAUUUUACCGACAGAGAAUGAAGUUAAGAGUUUGUAAACAUUUGGCAGUUUUUCUUAUUUUUAUAUGGUUUUCUUAUCUUUUCAAAAUAAACAAUACAGAACAGUUGGUUGUAUCUUUCAUCCACUCCACUCUACAUCACAAAAUCAUCCAUUGAUUGUUCAUAUCAACCUGAUACAUCAAGACAGUGAGUCUAUUAAAGCAGUAGUUCAACAUUUCUAACCACACCACACGGCACAUCAGCUAACAUGUUAGCUCGCUACGUUUGACGGAAUGUAAUUUAUGCUACUUACAUUGGAUAACCAUUUGCUUGCUCACCUACCAAUCGAUUCCUGAAGGCAGAAGCUGGUACACAACAGUGCUUCACAAACUUACAUCUUAACAAUAAAAUGAGGGUCUAUAUAGUAAUAUCAAGUCAUCUAUACAGUAAAACAAUAGUGGGAAUGUAACAAAUCUUGCUUUGUACGUCUCCUUGCUUCAGUAGUUGUGGCAUCAAUCUGUUGAGUGGGUGGUGCUUGGUUGCAAAUGCAGAACGUCUACCCAAUGUGUUGGGUAGUCCACAAUAAACCAACAAAACUGUAUAGAAAUUUCAACCCAACAGAUGAUAACUCUGUUCCCAACAUAAAUAACCUUUCGAGUUGGGUACUCCGAAUACCCAACUCCAUUAAAAUAACCCAAAUAAAUUGACCAACAAGCACCUAGUGGUUGGGUUGAAAAAGCAACCUAGCAUUUUUUUGUAUGUAGCCUACUUUGAAAAGAAUUUCUUUAACAGGCCAUCUGUCUUUGGCUCCGAAAGCUUUGAUGCUGCUACCUCCUGGCUUAGGGUCCAGUCACAGCACAAAAUUGACCAUCACCACAAAACUUUCCUUGUAGAGCAUAAAAACUGUUUGUUAUGUAGAUUUAAAAAAGCAUCAGAAAUAACAGUGUCAAGGUGGUCAGGUGUAUUAGUUAUCUCUUAUGCAUUGCAGCUUCACAACAGCACUUGAACAAAGUUCUACCGUCUCUAUGCCUUUGUACUUUCACAUUGCGUUGGAGUCCCAGAGUGUGAUUUCACAUAACAUUACAGCUUUGCAGAGGUGUGAAAGGCACGGCAGGGGCGCCACAAGCUCACACACACACUCUCAACAUGUACAUACACAAGGAUCCUUCACGCUGGCUCCAUUGUCACCAUCUUCUCUCCGCUCAGCCACCUUUACUACCUCAAAAGGAGGCCCAUCAUUGAGCCUCAUUACCUUAUACCUUACAGAUAUCCUGCCUUGAAAUGGCUGUAUGUUAGAGCCAAAUAUUUUUUAUGCCAGUGCACUAUGUACAGCAGAUGUUAUUGAUCAACCAUGGUUUUUUUAAAUGUUGAGAAAGGUUUUCAACUGUUUCUUACAUUACUAUUCUACUGCUAAACCUCAUGUUUGAGUAAAAGUCAAGUGUAAAACAGCAGCUACAAUGUAUGAACUACUUGAUUUAGCAGCAGCUUCAGUUCGUUUCAUUGUCAUGACCUGUAAAACCGCUGAGCAGGGGUCUUUGGUGUCAGUGUUUCAUUACUUCUGCACUCUCAGACUUUUUAGUUGAAGGUGGUCUUUAUUUUAUAACCUUGUACAUGAUUCGGGAAAAAGCUAAUCUCUUAAAUCAAAGGAAAUGAUUUGGUAACACUUUACAAUAACCAUAAUUUAUAAAUGGUAAAUAGAUAGUUGAUUAAUGUUUAAUCAUCAUUUAAAAACAGCAUAUAGACCAAUUAUACAUGGCAAAUAGAUAGUUCAUUAAUGUAAGUUAAUAGUUAAUUUACCAUUAACAAGCAAUGAAAUUAUAAUAAUUUUCAUGACUUAUUAAUAGACUAUUUAUUAAAGGUUUAUAUAGGGUUAGAUAUUGGUUGUAAAACAUGUAGAUUGAAAUGUGUGUCAGUAGCACUUUGUAAAUGGUUAAUAUUUGGUUUUUAAACCAUCUAUAAACAUUACUUAGAUGGUUAUUGUAAAGUUGCAACUGAUGUUUGUAAUUCUUUGUAAAUGAUUAAUAAGUGGUUUAUAAACCACCUAUAAACAUUACUAAGAUAUUAUUGUAAAGUUAGGUUUAGAAUAAGGGUUAGGCUUUUAAAAUUGUAAGAUUUAUAAUUUAUCAAUGGUCUAUAUGCUAUGUAUAAAUGAUGAUUAACCAAUAGUAAACUAUCUGCCUACCGUUUAUAAAUGGUCUAUUUGCCAUUUUUAAGUUAUGGUUAUUGUAAAGUGUUACCAAUGAUUUAUCUCUUGCACAGUUUUUUAUUGAUUUUGCAUGCACAUUUACCGACCUCUUCUUGAUUUUUAGGGAGGAGUAGAUUCUUCCGCUUCCGCCAGGCCGCUCUGAGUCUAAUGAACACCAAGCAAUCACUUCCGCAAGAGGACCCUGAUGCUGUAAUGGUGGACUCGCCCAAAGAGAACGAGGACUCACUGGCCCUGCAGACCUUUCCCUCACCCACCAAGAGCAUUUUCAGUCCCGUUGAGGCCAAUGACACACACGGCCUCAUAGGCUCCAGCCACCACUCGUCCCAGGCCAGCAUCGGUCCUGAACCAAUUGACCAUUCAUCCCCUAAACUCCCCUGGGAGAAGCUGUACCAGACUGAGCCCCACCAAUCCUCAACCACCCUGUCAAACACCUUCCCCAGAGGCAGCAUCAACAGCAUGAGACGGGCCUCAUCUGUCCAUGAAAUUGAAGGCUACAGCUCAAACUCCAAAAGCAUAUUCAGGGAUCGUCACACAAGUGAAGGUAUGUACUGUAUAGCUGCACUUACAGCUUCAUGGCUGAGAUUGAUAAAAAGGUGUGGUCUAUGCUGCACCAAAGAAGUGAAUGUAGCUGUAUGUUUCACACAUUCGUGUAUAAACAGCCAAGUUUGAGAUAAUGGUUAUCACAUAAUGGCACUUCAGCAUUAACGUCACCUUUUAGACCAAAGGCUUCACCCACUUCUUUUAUGAUGCGUAACAGUUUAAACUCAAACUCAAGACAUAAAGAUCAACAGGUAAAGUACAAGUACUGGUUACAGCUUCCAUCUGCUGUACAUGAGUACUGUCUGUCUGAUGAUAACUUUCUUCUAUUCUUUUUCAUGAUUUCUUUCAUGUGAUGAAGCUUUUUAAGAUGAUUUUGUCCUGAUUCUCUGUCCACAAAAUGCUGUCUCUAGACAGUGGUAGCCGUGUCAGAGGUAAUCAUGUAUUUGUGCCCAUGAUUUCAUCGCUCACUACUGUUUUGGAGCAUGAUUUUCAAGCAAGGCAAUCAGCAUAAAUCCUCCUCACAGAUCCACUUUUGAAUGACAGCUUGAGUGGGCUUACUGCACCUACUUGUGUGAAAUAAUUGUAUAUGUGUGUAUACUAGACAGAUGAAGGGAUUAUUUUUCAUUGCAGCUGCCUUUAAAGUCAUAUAAUGUCAUCAUAUGUGUUUCAUAAUGGCACUCAUGGAAAUCAUAGCAUUGGUUUUUUCCACUGACCUGCACGAAUGCUUGUUUCACAUGAUAGUGGAGUAGAUCUGCAAACAAGCUAUUGUUUCAUGCUACAAGCUAUAAAGCAUGCAGUCUCUGUGUUGAAAUCCCCAAUUGUUGCAUAGCUUGCUGCUUACAUAUUCAAAAUGAAAUUAAGGAUAACUUAAAUUUAAGUUAGGGUCAAACACACCGUAACACCGAGUUAGACCCACCUUGAGAGAUGAAUGUUACUGACUGCUCGCUUCUCUAGUUAUACCAACUUAAGUAACAACGGCACAGUAGCAAUACACAGUGGUCUGAGGAGCCACACACAAACCUCAACCAAAAAGCCACUCUAUAGCCACAAAUAAUACUCAGAACGACUAGUCAGGGCUCCCCCACAAACAAGCUUUGCCUGGUUUCUUUAGCAAAGAGACUAAACACAACUCACCCACGCUCCUCCAGCAGCCGCUUGUAAUUGGGAGAGCCCUGAUGAGUCGAUCACCGAGUGCAGCAGAGUUUCACAGCUCAAGGAAGAACAUUUAUGAUUAUUACUUCAUGGAAAUGAUCCACUGCACUAGGUGAUCGACUAGUCAGGGCUCCCCCACUAACAAGUGGCUGCUGGAGGAGAGUGGGUGAGUUAUGUUUAGUCUCUUUGCUAAAGAAAUCAGGCAAAGCUAAAAAGAGGUUUGGUGGCUAGUACUAUCGCUGGGACCCUAUAUGUACUAUUGAUGAAGUUAGGUGCUGUUCUGAGCAUUAUUUGUGGUUAUAGAGUGGCUUUUUGGUUGAGGUUUGCAUGUAGAGACGUAGAACACUGUGUAUUGCUACUGUGUGGUUGUUACUAAAGUUGGUAUAACUAGAGAAGCAAGCGGUCGACAACAUUCAUCUCUGGAGGGGCUGUCUGACUUGGUGUUACAGUGUGUUUAACCAUAUCUUAAAUUUAUGCCAGAAUAUCCUUUAAGUCUAACCAGUACAACAGUGAUCUAUGUAAUGGUGCAGCAUAAACAUGAAGAUUCCUUUAGUCCCUGUAAUGAUGGGGUGUGUGUUUAGUUUCUAGUCACAGAAGACCUGACUCUUUCUCUGAUCACCCAAAAAGUUCCCUGUAAAGAUAUUUUUAAUAAGACAUGUCCUCGCUCCAGUUUUCCCCUCUGUAAACAUGUGCUUGACUGCAAAAUCAGAGUUGGUCAAAUUUGUGCCUCAGAAAUGUCUUAAACUUAAUGGACUGGAUUUGUAAAUGUAUUACCAUUUUUUCUGAGUUUGUUGGUGGAGCUAACUCACAGUGAAAAGCUGUCAGUACACAAACUUAUUACAUAAGGACACAAAAACUUUGAAUUACAAUGCAGGUCCCAUUUGUAAAAGAAGCAAUUAAUCAUUCCCUUUAGUUCUUUGGAUUUUUACUGCUCUCUGCAGAGUUGAUAAAGUACGAGGUAUCCUUUAAUAACAUUAAAUAAAGUGGAUUUAAUUCAGGUCUAUGUUUGCAAAAUCAAACAAAAAUGUUAGAUUCAGCUGCUUUAAGUUGGUCAGGUCACCAAAUAAAGUUUGCAACUUUUCAUUUUCAUGCCAUUUUAAUUUAUAAUUUCAAAAGCAAUCUAAUAUAUAAUUAAAACAUAGUGCAUGUAGUCUACCACCAUUUUCACAGAGAAUAGAAAAUCAACCUGAUACCAACAUGAUCCUUCUUGUUUUGCACCUUUAGGCCCUUUUAAUCACGUCAAGUCCAGCCUACUCGGUUCUACCUCGGACUCCAACAUCAACAAGUACAGCACCCUCAACAAGAUCCCUUUGAUAGCUCUCCACUUUGCCGAGGCCACUGAUAAGAAGAACCAUUCCCCACCUACAUCUGAGACAGCCAUCAUUGCACCAAAAGUCAAGGACAGAACUCACAAUGUCACGGAAAAAGUCACACAGGUGGGUUCAGAAUUUUCAUUUUCUACGACUUCUUUUGCUUUCUUUCUGUACUGAUUUUCUAAGUAACCCUUUAAAUUAUGACUAAAAUCCCAAAUUUUCAAAAUGCUCGAUGCUCCUUGGUUUCAAAGGUCACCCUUGCCUUUUUUUGGUUGGGAAUUAAAGGAUAAUGUCUGUCACUGCAGUAGGGAUUCCUGCUCGUUUGAACCCCUUAAAGAAGGAGCGUUAAAGUCUGAUGGUAUAAUUUACCUGCUGGAAGAUGAAACGAUACUCUGGUUGCUUGUUUUACAUAUCACUCUCUGCUGCAUUAAGGACAAGCUUGAAGGGUAAUUGAGCUCUCCUCGUUGCAGAGCAAGUUUGGGAUGGUACGAGGUAAAAACUCAUACUCAUCAACAUUCAGCGAAGGUAGCUGUUUUGAAAAGGGAGAGAGAGGACAUCCUGCUGAUCCCUCGUGAAAAAAGUCAUCUUUUUACUUGCAAGCCCUCAUACAGGUUCACACACUUCUGCGGAAAUUCAACUGGGAUUCAAUUUCUUUCUCAAGGACAAUGCAGGGGACUAAAGUUUUUUGGGGAAAACAAGGAUAUCUGGUGACAGAUCAGAGGAGAUGCUUUCCUCUGCAGGUCAACCAGGGUACAGAGAGGCAAGCUGGAAUUAUCUUGAGAUUAAUUUACAACCUGAUCACAGCUGAACCCAGUUGGGCCAUUCGUAUACAGAGGAUACAACAACAGAGAAUGCACAUUAGGGCUGGAACAAUAUGCUUUUCUCCUGAUACGAUUCUUCUACCAUUUUUUGGAUGCCUAUUCAAUUUAGAUUUCGAUUCUAUGAUAUUUCGAUUAUCUCUAUUCUUAGUCUGCAUUUUUAAUACCGGUAAAACAGUUGAAUGAUUAUGAUUGUCGACUAAUUAUACCAGGAACCAUAUUUCCCCCAAAAAAUGCACAUCACAUGUAAAUCAGUUUUUAAGAUUUAUUCUGAAAUUUGAAAAAAAAAAGAUUUUUUUAACAAAAAAAUCAUUUUUUUUAACCAAAAAAAUCGAUUAAAAAAUUGUAAAACAAAAAAUUGUGAUACUUAUGUGAAUCGAUUUUUUCUCCCACCCCUAAUGCACAUCCUUAUAGACCUCUGAGAAUGAACCUCUGCAUGCUAACUCGUGGAAGGUCUCUGUGUGGCCAUCAUCAUCAAUAUGCAGUGUAUUCCUUGCUAAGCUGUAACACAACUCUUGGUUAAGAUGCCUGAUCAAGUUGCACUUUUCACUCUUUUCACAUUUUUCUGGGUAAAAGUAGUCGUGCAGAGCAAAUUUAAAAACUGUGAGGCGGCCAAAUUACAGCAGUCAAACAACAUCCUGAGUACUUUUGUCCAAUGUUUGCAGCAAACAAGCAAAACAAAGGCUCAGACAUCUGAACUUCAACCUCCUGUCAACAGAGCGCCCUCAUUCAUAAAUUAGGGAGAACCUUUAUCAGGAUUAAAUGCUCCCCGUCUCUGCUUGCUUUGGUAGGGGGUUUAGAAACACAUCUGAGAUGUGAAAACUGCAUCCACUUCCUGUCUGCUUGCAUGGGAAAAUCUAUAAUUCAUGUGUUGGAGAUAUGGGGAUGUGCUGAAAUGAUGUGCUGCCCUUUUCCUUACUCCUGCACUAUUUCCUGUCAUGAGAAAGCCCUUUUCUUUGUGAGCAAUGGCUUAUUAGACCAAAGAACAGGGGGCAACUUGGCCCCGCUGAGCCCUCUUAAUUAUUUAUCACCCAGUCAGAGUUUAUUGAUGUGGUAAGUUUUAAAAAACUGUUUGCCAAACAGAAUAUGUGUCUUAAGAUAUCUGUCAGCACAAUUUUUUUUUCCAGCUUUUCUCAACUUAAUCAUCUGUGCUGUAAAGGGCUUUACGUUUUUUACUAACAGUACAAAAUGUACCUCUUGGAAAUACGGAGCAAGUCAGAGGCAGUCACAUUAUUCACGCUGCCAGGACACUAGCAAUCCAGCUGUCAGAGGAGAGUGGAUGCCUGUACCUAAUACUGUUUGACUGCAGAGCACUUAUGCAGGUGUGUCACAGUCACUGUCAGAUCAGUCCAGAAGGCUGAGAGCCGGCUAGAUUACCUGGUGAGCUUCUGCAACAAUUUCCAUAGAAUAAAGCAGCUGAAGCCGAACAUGAGGAUAUUCUCAGGAGAAGAUUCAGCACAACCAAAAACCAUCAAUUUAAUUUUUGUCUUUGAGUAAGUUUUCAUUUUGUCUCUCUGAACUAAAUAAACUGAGUUUCAGGCACUCUAUCAAAGUGCACCGGUGUAAUGAGCCUCUAUCGUUCACUAUAGAUCUUCCAAAAAUAAGGUGUGCUUCUGAUCCAGAUUCCAACGCCUCAACUCGAUUAUUGGCAGGUAAAGGCCCCCCUGCUCAUAGCAAUGCAAUAAAAAAGUUAUAUUUCAGGAUGCUGGAUGUGUGAGCAGUUAAAUCAUGCAAUCAUGUACUGAGUAUAUCGUCUUUAAAGUGAAUGACCCAGGUUUGAUUUAGUGUUAAAUGUUUGCAGCUGUGUCAGACUAAAGGUCCUUACACAUCGAGAACGAUGCAAAUAUACGAUGCGAAAUUACGAAAUAUUCAGAGGCGAAUUUUGACGCGCCUGGCUAUACACAUCAAGCGUGAUGCGAUUUUGCGACUUUCCAGGGGGGAAAAAAGACGCGUCCCGGGUGGAAACGAGAAGACAAAAAUGGAGUCUACUUCAACUUCAAGUGAUGGCGAAUUGGUACUCCUUUUAAAAAUAAUGAGAGCUACCACAUGCCACAGUUACUAAAAACAGAAAACACAACAGCAGACUGACUGUUUUUCAGUUCUGAUUAGACACUAGUGUUGAGAUGGCUGUCUGUCAUGAUAGCAUGUACUGAGUCGGGGCCAGUACCAGAUAAGCACAUGAAACUAUAAUCCAUAAACGUAAGGUAACAACUGAGACCUAAUGGUGCUGUGACAGCAACUCGAUUGAGUUUGAAACAGUGAAAAUACAUAUGGUGUGUUGUAUCUGAACAGGUUAGCUUACGAGCUAAAGUUACUUAGCACAGAUGAAAGUUAAAACAAAGAUGUUUAGCAAACUGUUAAAGCACACAAACUAUCGUCAUAUGAGAGAUCCAAUGCUAUGACUCUCCACAAGUUGUCCUUCAGGUCGUUAUCUUUGUCAUAUUUGUGGGUUUUUUUUAAAUCAAAAAGCACUCUGUUUUCCAACAUGUAAACAAUCAGCCGGUCGGCCAUGAUGGAUAUACCGGUGAAUCUUACGUCGCAACAACACAAAAUCUUAUUGGUCAGAAGUGGACACACAGUAUGUGAAACUUUAAAAAAUUCAACCGUGAUAUGAAAAAAUAAAUAUCGCAGGACGGGAAAACUGCUGAUGUGAAUGCUUGUAUUGACAGGAUACGGGUUCGAAAUAAAAUAUUGUCGUCUGAAACAAUCGCACGAAAAAAACGCUCCCGGUGUGAAAGGACCUUAAGUCUGCAUGUUAGUCUUUGGACAAAAAUUCUGUCAGGUUUUAGUCACAUUUAGUCUUUUUUUCCAAAAAUAGUUUAAGUCAUUUCAACAUUUUCUGUCUUCUAAAUAAAUCAGUCGAUCCAGAAGUGGUGUUUUACUUACUCAGCACAUGUGUAACAUCCUGACUUUAGUUGGAUGGUUGUAUGAUUUAGGCUCAGAUGUCCUUAAGCCCAAGAAAUGGCCCUGGACAGACACUCAGAUCACUCCUCUGAGCUGUAUCUUUAUCCUCAAUGGUUUAAAGUUUAUCAUGUCUCAAAAUGUUGUCAUGUUAAAUAUGCUCUCUAACAUGUCUCCAGACUUGGAUAAGAGGAGGUUUGGAUGUCACUCCUGCAGCCUGUUGAGUCUUUAUUAACACAACUGGAAAAGUCGAUCAAAUGAGAAAGAUGCACUGAGGCAGAGAGGAGGACAGUGUACUUAUGCAGAAGUAACAAAAUGAACACUGUUAACUCCCUCUGUUACAGGAGUGCAUUGCUUGUGUUUCAGGUGGCAGAUUUGAUCCACCUUAAACAAUAUCAUCUCAUGAUCAAUAACUAAACCUAUAUUCAUCUGAGUUUGUGUGUUAGUGAUAUCGUUUAGCUUGUUAUAAUCUCAUUUUGGUGAACAAAGUUAACAUUGGUUUGAUUCCAGCCUGCAACCCUCCACUGCUCAAUAUUAUAUCUCUAGUCCUGUAUCUCUAAAUAAAAGCAUAAAAGUAAAGACACUUUAAGAAAUGUAUCAUGUUAUUAUUUUUUAAUAAUAAUGCACAAAAGCUUAUACUAUAAUAAACUUGGAUUUUAGCCUUCUGCUGAAGUCAUGUGUCCACUAAAGGGUGCAAAAUACCCUGAUUUUCAAACUCACAAUACUUUAAUCCGUGUGUUUACCUUUUUUUUUCUUCUAAUUGUUUAAUACGGUAUAACACAUUUUGCUAGUUUUGAUUUAUGGUAAAAUCUCUGUUGGAAUAACCCGUUUCUUUUUGUUUCUUGGUUAUUUUCAUUAAACUUCUUCCAUAUUCUUUCAGAGUGUAUUUUCAGUUGCAUCCAUAAUAGAGAAUAUCACUGUGAGUGUACAUUUUUCGGAGGAGGUAACACAGGUACAUUUUUGGGGGUUAAAAUAAAAAUAUGUUAUUGAGCAGUGAAUUUGUUGAAACAAUCCCCAGGUGGGCUGUUUCAAAGGAGUUUACAUAACUGCUAGUUUAAUCAGACCAACUUUAUUCCCUAAUGCCCUUUUUUAAUUAUUUUUUCUUUGUUAGUAGUGCACUUUAGUAAUAUUAAUACUAGCCUUUAGGGUCUAUUCAAUAGUUAUUAAAAGUCAGGUAGAAAAAACAUCAUUACGUGUGCAUUUUUGCAAAUGUUUCUUUUGUAAGAAUGAUAAUGAUCUGUCAUCUUUUAAUGUGAAUAAAUAUAAAAUACUUAAAUAUUUAUUGAUAAUGAGCCAGAUCUUGUCACCCUUCUGAUCCCUCUCCACCUUUCCCUCAGGUCCUGUCACUCGGAGCUGAUGUGCUUCCAGAGUACAAACUCCAGACUCCUCGCAUCGACAAGUUUACCAUCCUCCACUACAGCCCUUUCAAAGCUGUGUGGGACUGGCUGAUCCUGCUGCUGGUCAUCUACACCGCCAUCCUCACUCCCUACUCCGCUGCCUUUCUUCUCAAUGACCAAGGGGAGCAGAAGAGGCGCGAAUGUGGAUACUCGUGCAGCCCGCUUAACGUGGUGGAUUUAAUUGUGGACAUCAUGUUCAUCAUUGACAUCCUCAUCAACUUCAGGACCACUUACGUGAACCAGAACGAGGAGGUGGUCAGCGAUCCUGCAAAGAUAGCAAUACACUACUUUAAAGGCUGGUUCCUUAUAGACAUGGUGGCUGCAAUCCCCUUUGACCUUCUUAUCUUUGGCUCAGGAUCAGACGAGGUAUGUUAUCGCUAAUGCAUAGAUUUUUUUUUUACUUUUUUUUUUUUCCUUUGGAGCUUUACUGCACAUAAAGCCAGCCAUGUCCAGACUUGUGCCCCUGGGUCACUGCUCAAAGCCUGAAUCUUUCUGUCUCGGCUCUGAAAGGAUUACUUUAAAUUGCAUGUUUUUUUUUUCUUUUUUUUCCCUCUUUUUUUUUUUGAAUGGUCCUCAUUCUAGAAUCCAUUUACACGGAUUAAUGGCUUACCAAAUGGCAAUCAAUGAUGCAUUUAUGUGAGGAGCAGGCCAACAGGGCUGUGUGUGCAGCUUACAUGCAGCUGUGAGAGGCCAUUGGUAGGCUGGCUGCCAGGGCCUGCUGGCUUGUUUGUUGGUAGGAUAUGUCCCCUCGGGCUCUGGAUCCACUUCAGUGCUUUAUCGUGCUUUGUAGGCACUCCAUUACACCAGAAAAGCUCCUGAUUAUGAACCAUAAUCAUCUUUUCCACCGCUGCUGCUACUUCUGCGGCUGUGGCUACUGCUGAGUCAGAACCGUGAAUGAUAACAGACCCAAAAGAGAAAGGAUGUUUUUAUCUCACAGGACAGUGUGGUGAAAAAUCCAAAAAGAGUGCAGAGUCUUUUUUUACUCAACACAACACGGCUGUUUGACACUUUCAGCUUAAUUUAAUGACAAAAUAACUAAAAAGGAAAAGCAAUUAUUCCCUUUCCCCUUUCUGUGCUGUGAUAGCAUGGUGAUACAUUUAUAACCUCACGGCAGGGGUCUUGUAACCCAGACUAAACCCCUUUAAGUCCUGCUUGGCUGUAUUUUCAUUCAGAAAAUAAAGCAGCACAACCAGUAGUAGACAUUUAGAUAUUUUUUUUUAGAGGCUCAUUCACUUCCGCAUCUAAAUAAGAUGGUUUUGACCCAGAGGCAUUUAAGCAAACCUUUUAUUUGAUCAGAAAGCGUAACUAAAAUAGAUUUCAAACAAUGUCUUUCCAAACAAAUGAGGAUUUAACGCUCUGUGUGAGGCAUUAUACAAAUAGGCACCAUGCAGUGUUUUGUUAAUAACAAUAAUGAUUUCAGCAGCAGAAAAUCAAAAGAUUUAUUUCAUGCUGUUUCACCGCUAAUAAAAUACAAGAGAACUAGAGUGCCUUGUCCCAACUUGAACCUCCUGAAUUGUUGUUCCCAUCAGAGCGGAACAGACAGAGAAGGGGAAGGGGGCGGGGGUGUAGUGCUGUGCUGUGCAGCUGUGUUACAUAAUUGCCUGUGCAGGUACACUUUAAGACUUAAUUGAACUCACACUUGAUUGCAGAGUGAAGUGUGCCCGAAGGUUUCAUAGAUAUUAGAAUUUAAAGGCCAGACUUCAUGUUUGGUCUUUUUUUUUUAAUGAAAUGUUCUCAUUACUUUUUUAAUUUUGUGUCAUUAUUAGACAGCUGAUAUCAGAAAUCCCUAAAUUGAAGUGUGUUUUACCUCAAAGUCAUGUCAGGGUAGGUCUGUCAAUUCAAAUUCAAAUGUCCAAACAGACUGAAAUACUUGAAGGGUCAGGGUUGUGUCAUAAAUAUUCAUACAGAAAUGCAACAGUCAAACAAUAAAGACAUAAUCUAUGACCUCUGGUGUUGGGGCAAAAGCUGUAUCAACCAAUAAAUGUGGCAAACUGUUUAUUAAAAUGGUUUAGAUUGUAAACAUUUGGGCCAAGCGAGAGGAAAUAACAAUGGUGACAAAAUGUCAGCUGGGGUAUUUAUAUUGUUAUAUUAAAUUGUUGUUUCCUGUCAAGAACAAGCAAUAAGUUUACCAAAGUUUUAAACCAGUGUCCAUGGCAGAUUGGGUGCUAUAGUGCAGCAAAACAAAACAACAACCUCAAACAGGAAUGCAGAAACAGCAGAAGUUUCGAGCUUCUGUGAGAAGUUUUUAGGAAGUAAUGAAACAGACUGAAACUUUUACUAGCAUCCAUCAAGACUGAUGACUUCUAAAUGUUUAUUUUUUAUCCUAGCAUGGCAAAAUAGCCUGUUUUUAAAUCUCUCAGUCCCAAAGAUUUAUCAUGACUUGCUUCAAGGCUGCAGUCAGAAGAUACCAGGCUGGAUUUACAUGUGCAGGAACAUUUCAGCAAAAUACAAAUAAAGGUCCUUACAUACCGGGGCCGACACAAAUAUAGAACGCGAAAUCACAAAAUAUUCGGAGGCGAAUUUUGAUGUGCCUGAUUAUACACAUCAAGCCUGAUGCGAUUUUGCGACUUUCCGGGGGGGAAAGACUUUUCCCAGGGAGAGUCCCCCCUUCUUCGCCUCUGAUUGGCUAGAAAAGCUGGAAACAUCAUCAAACGCUCAAGCCAAAUGGUCAGCACUUAUAGCAAAUCAGAGGUGAUAAGAUAAGCACAUGAAACUAUGGUAACAACCGUUAGCUUAAGUUAGCACGGAUGAAAGUUAAAACAAAGACAUUUAGCAAACUGUUAAAACACAAACUAUCGUCAUAUGAGAAAUCUGACGCUGUGACUCUCCACAAGGUGUCCUUCAGGUCGUUAUCUUUGUAGUGUUUGUGUCUUUUAUCAAAAAGCACUCUGUUCGCCGACACGUAAACAAUCAGCCGGUCGGCCAUGUUGGAUAUACCGGUGAAUCUGACGUCGCAACAACACGCAAUCUGAUUGGUCAAAAGUGGACACACAGUGUGCGAAACUUUAGAAAAAUCGACCAUGAUCCGAAAAAAUAAAUGCCGCAAUAUCGCAGGACGGGAAAACGUUGCUGAUGUGAAUGCUUGUAUUGACAGGAUACGGGUUCGAAGAAAAAAUAUUAACGCCCGAAAUAAUCACACAACAAAAACGUUCCAGGUGUGAAAGGAACUCUUUGUCCAUGGGAGUUGCCAAAAGUUAUGCAACCUUAAAGUUCUUGCAGGAGCUUUAAGAUUGCCAUCUUGAAAUUGAUAUUUCAGUGGAGUCAGAUUUAUUAAGUUGUCCAGCUCAUAAAAGAUACAGAAAUCAGAGACAUAAUGAAAAACAGCGAUAAAUCAGUACAAUAUACUUCAGAGAUAACUAAUACUGUGUGAAAUACAUCUGUAGACAUUAUUGAGUGUUUCAAAAUGAAAAAGUGUUUAUAAUGAGUUUUAACACAAUCCGGUGCUGCUAAUGUUGAAAAGUUAACUUUGAAUUUCUUUCAAAAGCUGAAGGCUCACAGUUUCUAUGAGGUACUUUAUUUGUUCUAUUAUUGUACUGAGAGUAGUUUUCUGUCAGGUUUGAUUGAUACUUCACAUUAUCUAGUGCUGUUUUAUAAGAACGAUGCUGGAAAUCGUCUUUCACAAAUCAUCAACAACUAAUUCUCAAUAGCUCUAUUUCACAAUCAGCAUUUAAAUUACUCCCUUAAUCUCAAGACAUGCCAUUUUAAGUCAUAAUUCAAGCCGUAGUUUAAACAUAACUAGUGUUAAUGUUAGAUGAAUAAAUGGAAAUGUUGUGUACUAUGGCAACACAGGGAGAGUUUGGUGAUAGAAGAAGAAGAAAAAGAGAAAAAUUGAGGGCGUUUAACAGAAAAAGUUUGAAGUUAAGAGGAAAAUCACAACAUGGCUAUCAAGUUUAGGUCAAAUAACAUCUGAGUGCUUAUGAGAGACAUGUCCAACAUGCUUUCUCUUUGAACGCUCAUGCAAUACCGACACUACUGCUGUGACAAAAACAUUUUUCAGACUGUCCUGUUCUGUGGCGUUUGGAAGCUUUAGGACACAGGAUCAGAGAUGGUAAAGACUCUGGAUAACUCACUUCUCACUCCAGGAAACAAUGUUCAAAAACACUUGAAAUGACCUGACCGUCUAAUCAUUGACCAUUAAAUUAAUUGGUAACUAAUUUAGUAAAAAAAAAAAAAAAUCUUGAUAUUUACCUCACUGUUUUUUUUUUAUUAUUUUUUCACAGAAGUUUAAGAUACAAAGUGGGAAGAAUCACAGAUUUGCUUUUUUUAAUCUUGAGAAAAUUAAGAUUGAACACUUUUCUAAGUGCUUGUUAUGGAAGGACAGGCUCUCGUCUGCAGACACUUAGUUAAUUGUCAAAGGUCAUUCAGUAAUUGUCAGGCAGAUUAAUGACAUUGCUAAUGGAAAUGGCUGUGAGUGUUGCUAAAUCCUUUCUUGAUGACACAGACGCAGCAACAAACUCCCAGGGACCCACUGAGUGAUACAGCCUGAAUAAAUGAAGAUUUAUGUGUGGGCUGCUGCUGUCCUCACUUCUCUGUUUGUUUGCUUUCCACCAAAGUACCGUGUAGAGUAGCUGUGAGAGAAAUCUGUCUUCUUUUUCUGUUCGAGGAACUCAUUGUCUUUGUUUGCGAGGGGCCUCCUGCGAUAAGUCACUGUUGUAGAGUUUUUGCAGAGUAAGGAGAAUAUAAGAUAGAAAUGAGAUUUGACCUACAUACACUGAGUUUGUAAUAUAAAGUUGUCUAAGUUUUGUUAAUCUGAUGUUUCAACUUUCAAUUCUUGCUUCUCACCCUAGACCACCACCCUCAUCGGCCUGUUAAAGACAGCUCGGCUCCUGCGAUUGGUUCGUGUAGCUAGGAAGUUGGACCGCUACUCUGAGUACGGCGCCGCGGUCCUCAUGCUCCUCAUGUGCAUCUUCGCCCUCAUCGCCCACUGGCUGGCCUGUAUAUGGUACGCCAUCGGCAACGUGGAGAAGCCCUACCUAGAGCACAAGAUUGGCUGGCUGGACAAUCUGGGUGUGUCCAUAGGGAAGAGAUACAACUACAGCGAUCCAAGCUCUGGUCCCUCUAUAAAGGACAAGUACGUCACAGCUCUUUACUUCACCUUCAGCAGUCUGACCAGUGUGGGCUUUGGAAAUGUUUCCCCCAACACCAACUCAGAGAAGAUCUUUUCCAUCUGCGUCAUGCUGAUUGGCUGUGAGUAUGUUAAGGUUUCUUUUAUUUCUUUUGCCUCGUCCUGGCAGUCGGUGAAAUGUUUUAACUCCUUUUCAUCAGACACCAGACAACAGAUUGUUUGUGUUUAUAGACAGAUUUGUUCGAGUUCCCCGUAUUUCUCAGAGGAUGAAAUCAAAAGACGUGAAAAUAAUAAUCAUUGUCUGUAUUUCAGCUCUCAUGUACGCCAGUAUAUUUGGAAACGUCUCAGCCAUCAUCCAGAGGCUGUACUCAGGUACAGCCCGCUAUCAUGCUCAGAUGUUACGGGUCAAGGAGUUCAUACGCUUCCACCAGAUCCCAAACCCACUGAGGCAGAGGCUGGAGGAGUACUUCCAACACUCCUGGACCUACACCAACGGCAUUGAUAUGAACACGGUACGUUAAAACAAAUCUGCCAAUCCACCAGCUACAGAGGCUUGAAAGAAAGCCCAGCAUUAACAAAACAUUACAAAUACUGCAGGUGCACAUUUCUAAAAGAAGCUUUCUCUCUCCUGUCUGCUUUCCUUUGGAUUAACAUCUCCACACUGGUAAGAGCAGGAGGUACAUGUUCUUAUUUGUCGUUUUAAAAGCUGUUUGUGAGUGACAGUAGGAAUCUAGAAGCCUCCAUCACACAUGCAUGAUAUCUGUGUGAAUUUGUCCCUGAUGUUUUAAGGUUUUGUCUUGUUUCCAUCCAUCUAAAGUUUAAAAUAACCUCAUCCAUAACAUCCUUUAGCAGUUGACAGUAUUUACAUCCUGCUUUUUAUAAAACUUCUCUAUUUCAGUAACUUUGUACGGAUUGAGAUUGCAACAGUGAGGUUUUUCAAGGUUUCUGUUAGAAAUUCUUUUAGUUUCCGGACAAACAAAGAAAAAAAGUGAAGCAUUUGGCCUCUUAUCUAUCUCUGAGAUUAAUGGGUCCACCCUCUUGGAAAAAAACAAGCUCCAAAGAGGACGGAAAGAGCAAAGGAGAUGCGGUUGUUAUAUGUGUCCAUUUGGUACGGUCUGUUUUUCUUCUUUAAUAAGGUUCGAGUGCUGACCUGAAAACAAAGCUUUUUUUUUUUUUUCCACUUGGGGUUCAUCUGAAAAAUAGGAUUAUUUUUGUUGUUAAUUCAGAGUCUAGAUGUUUCAAUUCAGAAAAGCAGACUGUGGCACUUCACUGUAAAGCUAGUUUAGCCUGAAUGACUGAGGCCAACCGUCAGGGACAGAUGUGAGUGUCUCAAAAUAAGGUCAAAGACAACUGGUGUCGAUUCUAAGAUAAUGGGUAUAAACCAUAGACUGUUUAUGGAAUGGACAGAGUCUGUCUCCUUGCUGGGUGAAGCCACCGCGAGAACAGCACCAUCUGGUGACAGGCUGCAGUAUAGGUCAUAAAUCCCGCCUCCUCCAGCAAUCCUAUGGAGCUGUGGACAAACUCUGGAAAUUUAUUACACAGAAUAUAAAUUUUUCUCCCCCCCCGCUUGCGAUGUUGACAUGUAGUUUUUGUAAGACUGGUUUGUGCUCAAGUCCUCUUUUUUCUGUACAGCUCCAUUUUUAAAAGUUAUUUUCUAUGAUUGACACUUGAUACAGCCUAUGGUGUUCAAAGAUUUCGUAGCUCACCCGUCUUUUGUUUGAGCUGAGCGUUAUCACAGCGACUCUCCCGCCGAGCACGUACAAAGGUACUGCGCAAGUGGUUCCAGGAAGUGGACAAUAUCUUGGAAAUACUGAAAGCGAUUUGGCUUCAAAUUCGUAUAAUGACGGAGGGUGGAGCCAAGUUUUCCAUAGUAUAUACAGUCUAUGGUACAAACCGGAAAAAAAGCGCCCGAAGAAAGUAAAAGUAAAUAUUGUUUGACAGACGUAUGUGAAGAGCUGCUAUUCAGCUGAAAGCCUGGACUUGUUUGUUUUAGCUGAAUUAGGUGGCCUUAUAACCAAUACACUGUGGGCUGUAUUUAGUAUGGUUAUGGCAAAUACCAGUACCACCAAUGCUUCCUUUAUACAUGUGAUCACAGAUUUAAAUUAAACAUAAUCUUAAAGAGAUGGAAAACCCAAUUUAGUUGAAUAAGAGGAGGAUUUUGUCUUUAAAAGAUAGUUUUCUGAAAGUUGGUCUUAAAAAAGCAGGGGUGGGGGGUCGUCUGAGGCUUUUAUCUGGUACAGUUAUACAGUAAUUCAUGCCUUGCCUUUAAGUACCACGAAGGUCUGGAUGAAGUUCUUGUUUCUACAGUCAUACAAACUUUGGUUAGAAAAAGACUUUCUUUGUUGCUUUCACUCGUCACACAGUCCAAUUUCUCUACACUCCAAUAUUAUUUGUGACCACUUCAAAAAGAGACUAAGCCAAAGCUGUGCAGGCAGCGUGUUGUGUGUUGUUGCUCAGGGGGUGGUUACAUAAAUACAGGUAGCUGUUAUUUUUAAAUUCUACCUCAAAUUCAGCCGAUAUUUCAAUCUGUUUGAAUUUCACUGAAUGCUUGAUCAAAAAGAAAAUCUGGGUUUUACUGCAUCUGAGAUUUUACACUGUGGCAUGAAUACAUGCUGUAUACGAACCUGUCCUUUCUCACCUCUGUGCUGCUGUCAAGCUUCAAAACUUCCCUGAAAAGUCUGUCUACUUGAACAAAUCACAUUCUCCACUGACGGUUAGAGGAAAUCACAGCAGCAUUAUGUGCAUUCUCCUCACACAUUUUGUUUGCAUCACAGGUGUUAAAAGGUUUUCCUGAGUGCCUGCAGGCGGAUAUCUGCCUUCACCUCAACAGAAACCUCCUGCACAACUGCAAAGCGUUUCAAGGAGCCACCAAAGGCUGCCUACGGGCGCUGGCCAUGCGCUUCAGAACCACUCACGCCCCUCCUGGAGACACUCUGGUCCACAGCGGGGACGUGCUCACCGCUUUGUACUUCCUGUCCCGUGGCUCUAUUGAGAUCCUGAAAGACGACAUUGUGGUGGCCAUCCUGGGUAAAUACAACCCCUUGUUGAUCAAGUGUCCUUUGAGCUGAGGUUGAUUGUUUUUUUAUGUCUGACCUUUUGCCACCAUCCAUCACUAGUAUCAGGGAUGUAUUGGCAGAUUCUAGUCCAAAGAAACCUCCAUCUUUCAUAUACAGGCUUGAAAAGUCACCUCUCUGUUGUAUUGAAACUCUCUCAGCUCAUUGUACGCUGAAUGUCAGCUUUAAACCUGCAGAGACAAAAAACUGUACUCUGCUUCUUUUGGUGAAAUCUGAUCCCCAAAAAAGUAGAGGCUGGAUAAAGGUGGCAUUACAUCUAUCAUCAGUCAUGUAGUCUAUUUACUUUGGUGGAAAAACUGAAAUAAAGGUCAGUGAUUUUGAAAUUCAAGGCAUAUGAUGGAGUUAAACAAACUGCAGAUCUCAGUUUUCACAUUUUUACGUAAGAUGUGCUUGCAAAGCAUAUCUUUUACUCAGUCUGCACUUUAACACACAAACUGGUUUCCAAUGCUGACUUUUUCAUCAUCUUUUAAUAAUGUAGCUUGCUCUGAUUUAUUGAAAUAUCUGAAUUAUGUAUUUAGCUAACCUCCUUAUCCGCCUGAGAUUCCUGGUAUUUUUUUUAAAUGUGAGGAGAUGCAGCUGUGAUUAGCUCAGGAAAGACUACAAAGCGUAGUUUCCCACUGGACACUGACAAAGACACUGAGCAGGACUUGUGAGCACAUCAGUAAGUAGUAACUGUUUUAAUGUGGUUACAAUUUUCAAGUCAUUACAGCAGCUAAAGCACAUCAUGUUCACACAUUCUGACACGAAUGACGGGGUGUGCCCGCCGUCUCCCAGUCCUGUCCUCUGGGCAACGCUGCUGUUCAUGUGGCAGGCUUGAGACGCUGACAUUUCUAUUAAGUAGCUCCAUGAAAGGUUGUUUAGCAAUUUUAAAGAGCACGGUGAAAUAGCUGCCACUUUUUGACAGCACAGGAAAAUAAGUUAACGCUGUAAAAUAAAGAUGAGAAAAAAAGGUCGGUAAAAAUAGAAGAGGCUGAAACAACCAGCAGCUCUGCAUGUAAAAUAACAUUUUCUCAUAUUGAUAUAGCAACAGUGAAUACUCACAACUGUUACUCUUAGAGUAAUGAGUUUUCAUCUUUCUCUUCAUGGUGAACCACAUCCAGGUGCUACAGGCCAAGCCUGGAUUAAACUUGCCAUUUUUCAUGAGAUGAAUGUUCUCAAAGCUGCACCUGACAGAAUGAGGUUUAAGCUUAGCAAAAGCUGCUGCAUCACACAAAACCCAUUACUAGCAAACACUGGAAAGUCACUGAUCUCAUAGAUCAGACCAUUUGUAAUGAAGAACAAAUGUAAUGCUCAGUCAGCAUGGUUUCCCUCCAUUAACUCUGUAGUAUAUGUGUGUUAUUACCUGGGAUGGAAGGAGUAAGAAAAUAUUCUGCUCAAGUGAAAAAACAAUUGCUUUGAUGAAAUUACUUUAGUCCAAGUAAAAAUCCAGCCAAUAAAUUCAAAAGGUACCUCACAGGAAACUUUCUUUAAAGCUCCAGUGAGAAGUUUUUUCUUUUUUACAUAUAUUUGAAAUAGACUGAAAUUCAUACUGAUACCUUUUUAUAAUAUAUACAAGCAAACAAGAACAUUAAAAAUCAGAUUAAAGAUUUUACAUUGUAGUUUUCAAUGCCCGAAACCUGUGUGAGGGCGUAGGAGUCAGCGAAGGACCGGGAGAAACAGCUCCUGUUUUACAUUUUCUUACAUAAAAUAAUCACAUGAAAUUAUGAAUUUGACUGUCAAAAGUCAGCAUUAUGAGAUCAUUUGUAGAAAAAAAAAAAAAACUUACCUAAGCGUAGAGGAAAAGAGAAGCAAAGACACAAACCAAGUUCCUCACAGGAGCUUUAAGUACUGAGGAUUUACUUUCAACGCACCAUGAGUGGGUUAGAGGAGUAGCAGCCACACUGUAUCUAUCAAAGUUGAGGUUUUGCAGUAUUUUUCGUAACAUCUCUGUUUUUUAUAAAUAAUCCUUAUGCAUUAAAAUCACGGAUGAAUGUGUAUAGAGGUCAAGCACAUUGUCCAGCUCGCAGUGUGGUUCACACUACUGAAAAACAGUUUAUGUCUCAGUCUGCCUUACUAUAGUUGAACAGAAGUGUUGGUUUUUGUGAAAGUGUUGUUCUGCUGAUGAGUUAUUAACACAGGGAAGCCAAAUAUGUGGAUGUAUUCCUGACUUUCUUGUCUUUCUGCAGUCCCCUGCUCUACUUUAUGAAAGUUCACCUGUCAUCAUGCUGUUGACGCCAACAAAUCAGCUGGCAGCCACACUUGACAGAAGGCUUGUGCCUUUUUGUCUGUAUACAGAUUUUUUUCUCUGUAAUUGAUGCAUAGCCAAGUAAAAUAUUAGCCACAAAAAUACUCAACUAGAGUUUAAAUAACAGGUUUUUAAUAUUGGUCCAAAAAGUACAAGUACACAAGACAGCUAUCUAACCAUAUAAUUACAGGGGUCUAAUCAAGUAAUCACGUUUAAAGCUCCUAUAGGGAGUUUUUUGGCAUAAAUGAAAGAGACUGAAAAUCAUGAUGGUGCAAUUCCACGUUAUCCAAAAGCAAACAAGACCAUGAAAACUGCUGAAAUCCACAUGGAGGGGUAGAUGUCAGCCUUACAGCUGUUUUUACAAUUUCCACAUAAAAUAGUCACAAUUAUUGAUGCAUUUGGAAAAGACUAUUUUGUCAGAAGACACUUCUUAAGUAUGUAAAGAUUCGUUCUGUAGAGUAUUACACCAGCUAAGACUACACACCUCUGUUUAGCAUUGAAUACACAGCUGAGAACAAACGUGUGUAAUAACUGUUAAACAUGACGAUGAAAGCCAGGCGUUUUGUACGAAACAAACAAUUCAGGCACAAUCAUUGUGCGUUUUUCAACUCUUUAAUGAGUCUGUAUUUUCUCUCAGAUUUCUGUGACUGCUUAAUGAGGCUCACAUGCAUUUUCACCAUUUGAAGACAGAUUUCUGGAGGCUUUAAACUGCCACCCAGGCUAAUCCAAAUCCUUAUGCUGAGAGCUGUAAGUGCAGGAGAGAUUCACUGCUCAGUGUGAGGCUGUCCUCUGUGGCAGAAAGGUGUCCAGCCCACGCUGAGGAAGGCACACUGACUGUCAACAUAUCAUAUCCCUUCCCCCUGAACCUCUGCUUACUGCGUUGGCAUUUAUCGAACCCUAGAGCCAACAAAGGGACUUUUUUUAACAUGGCCUUUAAACUAAACCUCCAGAAGAAUCUCUUUAAUUCCCCUGUUUGAAAGCUGAGUAGAUGUUAAAUGAAGAACUUGCUUCAUUAUGUGGUAGCCGCCAUCAACACAAAUUUUGGGCUUUGAAGCACACAACAAGUGAUGCCAAUCACACUCAAUCCCUCCUUUUCUUGCACAUCAAAGUUGCUUUGAGUUAGCAGCUAUUCCUCAGCGUAAAUAAUGGAUCAAAGACAGAAAGACAGCUGAUGCACGCGCCUUGGGAGAACAUCCACACUGACGGGAAAAGCUGUUUGAUUUUAACUCUUCUCAAAUACAAACACGUCUGGUGCCCCUUAGCGUGAGCCUAAGGAACAACGAGUCAACUACCCACAGAAAACAUGACAUAAUUUCUACUAUAACACGUGUGAUUACUCCAAUGAGGCGAGGCGUGUGAAGUUUACAUUGUUACUUUUCCCAGAGAGAAAAUUUACUAUCCCUGUGUGUGUUUGUGUGUCAAAACCAGGAAAGAAUGACAUCUUUGGGGAGAUGAUCCAUCUAUUCACCAGAUCUGGGAAGUCGAACGCUGACGUGCGAGCGCUGAGUUACUGCGACCUGAGCACCAUCCAAAGAGAGGAUCUGCUGGAGGUGCUGGACAUGUACCCGGAGUUUGCAGACUGUUUCUUCAACAACCUGGAGCUCACCUUUAACCUCAGAGAUGAGUCUGCUAAGGUAAGCCAUAUUUCAUAAAAUUUUAAAGCAAUAUAAAAUCCUUAUGUGUUGACCUUUACUUAAUAGACUCUGAUGUUCACAUUGUUGCAGGCCUCAAGCUCCCAAGACUGUGAUUCAGACGAUGAAGGGACUCAAAGCAUGAAAAGAAGAAUCUCCUUUACUCCAGAUCCACCUAAAGGUAAGAGAAAACAACUCUGCUCUUUUCCCCCACGGCUGACUUUGCAUGUGUUGAACUUGUAAAUGUGCUCUUUGUUAUUUUUCCCUAAGUGGUGCUCCCAGAGAACAUCUGCUCCCCAGGGCCUACGCCACAGUGUUAUUCCACUAACUGCUGUUUAUUACUGUUCUGCAGGGGAAAAUAAGGAAGUAGUUGAAGACAUGGAAGGGAAGAGGGAGUCUAACUCGUGCCUAAAAAGAUCCUCAGAAGUCCUGGGUCCUUCUCCACCUAGUCCUGCAAUCCUGGACUCAAGUCUUGUUGUCAGGGAUGGCUUGGGGCGGAGACCAUCUUUUGAAGGUGAGACAUAUUGUUGUGUUGGUGAAUUACAGCUGUCACUAAUGGAUAUAUCUGUAGACAGACUACAAUAAAAAAUCCGGAAAGAUAGAGUUUAAAAUAGAAACAAGCUGAUAAAAGUUCAGUGAGAGCCAAAUAUCACUCCAUAAAGGCGGCUUUACUGAGUGGCUGUUGAAAUAUAUCGCCCCAUAUUUGUCACUGUUCAUUUGAUUGUGUCCUCCACAUUACAACCAGCCAAUGGACUGACCUAUUUUUCACAAUUAAGUUAAGCAGGAGUGGAAAUCAGAAGCAGAAUCCAGAUAGAGGAAAUUCCACCUUUAUAAUCUCUUUUCCCAUUCUCUGAGGAUUCUGGCUCAGAGAUCUUAAAUAGACCACAAUUACUGUCUAUGAUAAUCUCAGAUCAAAAAUCCCCGGAUUUUGUAUGGGCACAGCGUGACUCAGAGGCCAAGUCAUACAAGACAGACAAUCGGAGAAACAAAAAAAUGAUUGACAGAGGGGAGCUGAUGUUUAUCCCAAGUGCUGGAAGGAUACAAACGUCAAUAAUCUUCGAAAAUGACAAACAACUAAGUGACAAAUUUUGGUUUAUGAAAGAUCUUAUGGAAGAUUUAAUCUCCUCUGUUUUGGUGGCAGUGGGUUUGAGAUUAUAGUUGAAGGCAGAUUUUUCCUCUAACCUGGAUUUGAAACCAGAUACAAGUUAUUUAAGCACUUUAUUCAAGUCAGUGAAAACAGAAUUAAUUCAAAGAAAAUACAAAUUCAUAAAGUGGACCGGAGUUCAACUUUACUGGUGAAAAAUUAUGAUGAUGAAUGUUUUUGUCAAUGACCUUCAUGAUGAAAACGAGACAAUAAUGAGCAAGAAAAACAUCACUGAUGAUAGGGCUGGGCGAUAUGGCCUCAAAUCAAUAACACGAUAUAUUGAGCAGUUUACUUCGAUAACUGCUUCACAAGCUGCUCACCUCCUCCCAGAUUAACUUUGUCUACUGAAGUCGCCGCUCCAGCUGCUACAACUUUUUAACCGUCCUCCAUCUCCUCACCUGUCUUUCCCUCUUUGUUACGGACUGGAUGGGGUGGAGUCACAUCUCUGAUGUAGGACAGCAUCUCAAAGGGACAUGAGACCAUAGCCUACCUACACACAUCCAAAACCAACUUUUAUUUUUUUAUUUUUUUGACACCGAAUAUAUUGACAUGGGCAAAAUGACGUUGGUUAUAGUCAUAAAUUCUGAUAUCGGUAAAUUUUCGGUUUAUCACCCAGCCCUAACUGAUGAUAAAAAGUCAAAUAAACUGUCAAAAUAUGAGCAAUGCGUUUCUGUAGCAGGUCAAAUUAGAUGAUGGGUACAGUGUCAGUUUGGCCGCUUCUCUGCAGUGAGUGAGCUGCAGGUACAAAGUCUCACUGCCUCCAUUUAUCUGCCUCAUUUUCCUGAUGCAUGUCAGUGAUAAAGCCAUGACCAGCUCCUGGAGGUAAUGGCAGUAAAUAUUUAAAGUUUGCCAUUUUUUGCAGCUAUUAACAUAAAUAGGUCUAUGAACUGUGUGUCAGGGCUUUUGCCACUGCAGGUGCAAUUAGGUACUAUUAUAAAAGUGCAAAACACACAUAUGACACUUUUAUAUGAAGUCCAUGAACUUUUAUUAAACCUACCACUUCAACCUGUGUGUAAUGCACUUCCCUACCUUAGUAGAUCACUAAAGAGAGCGCUGCAUUGCACUGGUUUGAAGAUCUCAGAGGCAAAAUCAUCUAUUUAAUUUAAGAAAUUCAGAUUUAACAAGUAGAAGUGUGAUGUGAGAGUGAGAGUUUUAACACUCAGCAUGACCAUGGUACCAAUUCUUGAUCAGCCGAUUUAGAUGCUCCAAAUAGAGAAAUUAUGUGACUAAAAGAAAUGACUUUAUAUUGAUUUAAUCCUGACCAACAUUUUAAGGGUUCAGUCAAAACUAGGACUUAACUAAAGCUAUAGAGGGAAAAAAAUGGCGUAAUGUGACUGGAACUGUGAGGGGGUUUUGUCUUAAGACUAAAGUUAACACUGCCUGAAAUAUGAGAUAACAACCUGCAAAUUUGCAUGAGGAAAUAUGUUUGUAGCUUUCAAAUUAAAAGCUCAGACUAAUUGCAAAUAUAUAUGUAUGAAAUUAAAAGAAUAAAAAUCAUGUAAAAUUCCUAUUUGACUGAAUUAAAUUUCAGACUUCUGCAUGCAUUCACUUUUUUCUGAAUAUUUUCAAAGAGGAUGCAGUAGAUUACAAAAAAACACGUUUGCUCUCUAACAGAAAUAAUUGGUCUGAAGUGGAUAAGUCUUUGCAGCAUUUCUCGAAACCUUUUUCUUCUCAAUCCGUUGAAACAUUAUGAUUUAGAAACAAUGACUUCAUCAUGUGAGAUGUCAGUUCAAUGAGUUUGCAGUGCAGCUGGGAGUGAAAUUAUUGAGGGGAAAAAAAAUGAACAAUAAAGCAUCUGCUAAUCUUUUACUGCCAAGAAGUGUGAUUUGCUACCUGCUGCACAGUUUAAUUUGAAAGGGCCAUUUACCACAGACAAUAAGGUAACAUAAGGACAAAGAUAAGUGGCAUCCAUGCUAAGGGGACGCACAACAUCUAAUGAGCAUCCAUGGCAGCGUAAGGCCACCUGCCCAGUCUGCUGCAGCAGAUAGUAUAAUCACACAACUACUGCGCAUCUCUGUGUUUAAAUCACAAAAGAGGCUGGACUUGUAUCAGUGGAGUACAAGCUGAACACUAGCAGGUGCUCUGCAGAGAUAACACCAGGGUUAGUUUGCUGCAGGAAAACAUUGCAUUAAUGAUUCUCCCCAUACAAGGGCUUGAUAAAUGAUAACAAAGGAGCUACACACUGCUCUCCUGUAGAGAUUAAUUACAUUCUAUUUUUUUCUUGUUUAGUGAUGACGUUGUUCUGACCCACAUGCGUGUUGCCUCUGGUCUUUCCAGAUCUGUGCUGUGAUAAAUGGGCCUGUAAGAAACCUGCAGACUUCCUGGAUGAGUCAGCACACUUCCAGGACCUGAGGGACGAUGAUAACUCUGCCAGCGAUAUCAUGUAUGGAGAGGUGGAACAACGCUUAGGUCAGCUUCAGGAACACCUGAACAGGUACAUAUCAUAUCUCUGUGGUGGGCUUGUAGAAAGUCUGUCCUUAUUUUACGCUUAAAAGCCGGAGCCCUGGAUAUCUACAGUGCAGCUCAUCCCUGUAACAUGUAUUAACUUUACUGACACAUGUUCGCUGAUUUUGUUGUAGAUUUGAGGCAAAACAGAACUGGUAAAAAAAAUAACAAUGUGCUUGUCAACCAUACUGAACUCUCGGUGUUCAAGUAGACAACAAGAUCCUUUAUUUUCAAUGGACUGCAGGCAUUUUUUGUCAAGAACAAACACUCAAAAAAACAGCUGUUAUUUUUCACACUUUUAAACCAUGGAUGAGAAGUCUCUCUCAUCAUUGUCGAAUAGCUGACAACUUUUACUGCUUUUAUUUAGUUGUUCCCCCCUACUACUGCCGCACUUCUAAGCAUGAACUUUGCAUGUAGUGCAAUAUAAUAAAAAAUAAUGUCUGACGGUCAUUUUAACUGUUUUCUAUAUGUACUGUUAAAUAAGAUUUACAGGGAGAGCUGUACUUCAAAAUAAAAGCACAGUUUGACAAUGCAGGUAAUAAAGUAACCUAAAAGCAAGGUGAGAAAAAUUUCAAAUCGAGGUUGACUAACAACCAUUGAAUAAAGUGAUAACUUCUCUGAAGACGUUUCGAUCACAGGACUGACCAAAAAGUAUAAAUUUGAAUAUGAUUAGAAAUGGAUGAUGUCUUAUAAGGUAACUUCUUUUAUUAGCUAAGUUUAUGGAGUUAUGUCGCUCUUUUCUUGUCUGGCCAUUCUUCAAUUGUGUUCUUUUAGAGUCAUGUUUAUAUUAAAUAUCAUUAUUGCCAUAUUUUGCAGCUACUAUUAAAGGGACAUUUGGGCGUAAAAUUAAUUUAGGGUCAAACACACCAUUACACUGAGUUAGACACCCCCUGAAUGUUGCCAACCGCUUGCUUUUCUAGUUAUACUAACUUUAGUAACGACCGCAGGAUAGCAAUACACAGCAGUCUGAGGAGCCAUAAACAAACCUCAACCAAAAAAUCACAAAUAACGCUCAGAACAGCACCUAACUUCAUCAACAGUACAUUUAGGGUCCCAGCCAUAGCACUAGCCACCAAACAUCUUUUUAACUUUGCCUGAUUUCUUUGGCAAAGAGACUAAACACAACUCACCUACUCUCCUCCAGUAGCUGCUUGUUUGUAGCGAGACCUCAGGCCAGUCCAUUACAGACUGCUGUGGGGUGACGCAGCUCAAGAAAGAACAUUUAUGAUCAUUUCUUCAUGGAAAUGCAAUCAGAACGAGACACUAAGGCAGAAGAACUACCGCAUCUGCAGUGCAAAAUGAUAAAGAUGGUGAUUAUUACUAUAAGGAAAUAAUAAUAUUAAGUUAUGAUCAUAAAUAUUCUUCCUUGAGCUGCGUCACCCUGCAGCAGUCAAUGGUAGACAAGUCCAAGGUCUCGCAGCAAACAUGCAGCUGAUGUAGGGGGGUGGGUAAGUUGUGUUUAGUCUCUUUGCUAAAGAAAUUAGGCAAAGCUAAAAAGAGGUUUGGUGAAUAGUACUUUGGCUGGGACCCUAUAUGUACUGUUGAUGAAGUUAGGUGCUGUUCUGAGCAUUAUUUGUGGCUGUAGAGUAGCUUUUAGGUUGAGGUUUGUUUUUGGCUGCUCAGACCACUGUGUAUUGCUAUCGUACGGUUGUUACUAAAGUUGGUAUAACUAGAGAAGCCAGCGGUCGGCAACAUUUAUCUCUUGAGAGGGUGUCUCAUGUCUGUGAGGUGAAAAUCUGAUAUCAUGACAGCCAUGCUCUCUGUCAAGAAAAAUACACACACCAGAUAAUGUAGCACACAUACUGUAACUGAGUUGAACAGACCUGCCCCUCUUUCAUACAGUACUGAUCUGGCUUCUUUAGCCAGUGUCAGACUAAUCCUGAUACCAGGAUCAGAUUGGUGCAUUUCUAGCUUUAAGUAAAUGCACUUAGAUGUAAGCUGAUAUAUGUUAAGAUUGCUGGUCUUUUGAUUUAGUUUGUUUUUGGCUGUAAUAAUGAAAAGUUUUACACUCUGACCACUGUUUUUAUGUUGUCCGUUCUUCAAACCAAACAUAAGUAAAUCUCGAGUUAUAAAUCAUAUAUCGAGUUAUAAGUCAUAUAAAGUUAUGCACAAGUCUUCUCAUCUGUGGUGAAAGUUAAAGUUAAAGUGAGCACUGCAUAAAAGCCCUCCAUAAUACAGCUUAAAGUUACCCAUUAAUUUACCAAAGCAGGUUUGUUGUUAUUCCCAAUAACAAUCCUACCAUUAAAUCAGUUGUUGCCUCUAUCAUUAUGGAGUGCUAGAUUUGUAGGUUGUCACCACCCACACUGCUUAAAGUAAGCUACACUUCCACAGCUCUCACUGGCAAUAUGUAUCCCAGUUGCCAACAUAAUGAGUGGGUGGAGGAAGAGAACUAGCUGGCUGAAGAAUUGGUUGAAUUCAAUGUGGAAACAAACGCUGCUCUCUAGCUGGACUAACUGUAAUGUGAACCAUAGACAUGGGAUUGCAACUUUUAGGAAUAAAUACGUUUCAUUUUGUUCUCAUUUUUCUGCAGUAGAGAUCCACAUUUGCCUUUUUUAACGACUCCUGAAGCCAGCGGGCCACCUGAAAUAGACCCACAAAUGAACAGCAGGUGUUGUUUGUAGCUGGAAUUAUCGCAGAGAAGGACAGACAGCAUCCGUGUGCCUGAAAUACUGGACUAGCUCAUUUAUUUUUUUUCCCCCAAAUUAGACAUUUUAUUCACUGCACUUCAGCUGACCUUCCUUUUUUCCUCUCUAAUGCUAGCUGGCUACAGGAUGAGCAGCACAUUUGUGUUAUUUCUAUCCUUUUUGUGGAUUUGACUGGAAGGAUAUGACAGGGGGAAACAAGCUGGUGUAGGAUACUAGCAAUCUCCACAAAUCUGUUUAUAGAGCCAAGAAAAUGUAUUUCUGCUCCUGCAAUGAUGCCUACUGUUUGACUGUUUUUUAUUCCCUAUUCAAUCAUUAACCAAAGCCCGGUAAACAAACGCUGCCUUGUCACAAUAGAGCAGUAACAGCCAUAAACCAGUCGCUCAUAAAUCUGUCACGGUUUUUAUGGCUAUACUAGGGUCUGGGGUAAUUAAGAGGUUACUCAGCAUCACCCCAUUUGCCUGGCGCCCUAAAAAUAGAGCCUGGAUGAAAUCUAGUCAUUAUUAGAUUGACCAAACGAGUGUGAUAUAGUCAUUUCCACAGUAAAUGCUGAUUUCACACCUCCCACACAAAGCUCAUUAUCACUCCUAGCUGGAGAAGCGUCUUUCGUCUACUUGUCUGGCAGAAUGUGUUUCCACAUCUUUGCUGCCUCCUAAUUUAUCCACAGAGGAGCACAAGCUCCAUCUAGUGCUCAGUGAAGUACAACUGAGUGUUUUUUUUCCAUCAUCGCAUAAUUAGACUUGUCAGAAUUAUGCAUUCAUCGCCUCUCCUCUGUGAUUAUCCCCCAGUCUGUCUUUCUUACUCUGUUUUUUUCCUCUGUUUUCCUUUUCAGGCUGGAGUCUCAGCUGGUGUCAGACAUGCAGACCAUACUGCAGCUGCUGCAAAGACAGCCAGCACUUGGACCUCCAGCGUACAGCACUGUGACAGCCAGUCCAGACUAUCAUAGACCUGCAGUGAAGGUGCAGCCCGUUGCUCUGACUGCAAGCCAUUUCUUCAGCCAUACAGGAACUCAAGUAAGGAGGUGUAGAUUGCUUUCCACCAGCAAAGUGUUAUUUUUAAACACGCAGCAGCUGGGUUUGUACGGUGACCAAUCACAGUCUCAUCAAGUCAUCACUGAUGUUCAAAGAGACAAUGAGGCGCUUUCUAUGAUCCAAGCUCCCACUGUCUUACAAUGCUCUGCUCCCAGCUGCUUCUCUCUGAUACUACCGAGAGGUUUGAUGGAUUGAUUUGUCUGCCACGUUAUAAGCAGGGAGUCCAGACUAUUGUCGAGAUGAAUAUGAGCCAUUGUUACAUGUUUUACUCUGACUGACGCCUGUCACAACAAGGAAGUCAGAACUGGAUAAAACAAGUCAGGGAUUUUAUUUAGUUGCCAUGGUCUUACUUGGUGUCGUCUUCUUUUGUAAAUGGUGUUCAGCUUCAUCUCAAAACAGCCAUCUGUGUUUUUUAAAGCUGACAGUGGCCUCACUGUUGAGCAUAAUUAUGAGUUAAAUCAUUGGCUAGUUAUGAUAACUAAUUACGUUUCAAAUAAAUCAAAACCUUAUUAAGAUAACACUUAAUUUUCACUUGAUCGUUUAAUUCACAAUUAGAUGAAGCAACUGUGGACAUAAUAGGGAAUUAAUUAAAUACUAAAAUGAUUACACUAAUGUUUUAUGCCCAUCUUUAAACUGAUCAUUUUUGGGGUAUUCUUGGUUGCAUCCGGUUUUAUAAAUGUGAAGCUUUUUGCAGCAGCAUCCAUUUUUUUAAUAAGUAUGAUCACAGCCAUAACUCCACGCUCAGUUGGGGACCAUAAACACUAGAGUAUGAAAAGAUGUCAGCUUCUCUUAAGUUCGACCUGAACAUUUGGAGCUCCCCCUGUAGGCCAGCUGCAGUAUAGCUGUAAAUAACAGAAGAAACAGGUUAAACAUGAGUUUCUUCUUAUCAUGCUAAUUCUUCUCCAAAUGUUAUCUUUGUUGAUUUUAGUUAGUUAUUUGAUGCUUUGAAAAAUGGUAUAAUGCCACUAUUGACAUCUCUGUUGCCACAUCCGCACAUCGUCAACUUUUCCACACAACCUCAAAAGUGGUAUUUCACUUUAUACUAAAAAAACGAUAACAUAUUUAAAUGAAACAAAAGACAGCAUUGAAUAUUCAAAGCUGAUGAAGAUUUAAAGUGAAUGUGUACUGUAGCACGGUGGGCCCUUGAGUAAUGCAAUUUCAACCCUUUGUAUGUGUUACUCAUAUUGCAGAACUGACAGUAAAGCUACCUUGGACCUUGAACCUUGAAUCUAGAGUAAAUGUAGAUCCCAUAUAACUCAUACACUCUAAAAACACUUGGGUUAUGUCUUCCACCCAAUUCCUGGGUUUUACGCGUUGAGUUAAAUUUCUGGGUUAUUUUUCAGAUCCAUACCCAUUUUUUGGGCCAUAUGGAUUCUAUUUUAACCCAAUUUGAGGGUUAUUUGAAUGGGUUAAUAAUUAUGGGUUAUUUUUCUGAGAUUAACCCAAUAAUUGGGUCAGAAUGUUGGGUUCGAUGUUGGGGUAGCUACCCAAAUAUAUAUUGGGCAGCUGGAGUAGCUCAGCGGGUAGAGCAUCUGGUUCCUUACCGAGGGUUGGGGUUCGCAUCCCACAUGAGACACAUCUGUAUGGAGCAAACUACAUCCACCUGUGUGCGUUCCUUAGGGAAGACCUUUAGCUCUAUGGCCUACAAUCAGAUAAAAGUACAUGAGAAAAUAAGGUACAGGUUGUAAAAGCAAAGCUCCCAAAAAAAGCUCCCCAAAUGCAUAUAUCAAUUUAACCCAAGAUCAUGAGUCAAAUUAACUCAAAGAUUGGGUAAACUUGACCCUAAAAAAGGGUUAUUGAGUCAACCCAAAAUUUGGGUUAAUUUAAAUAACCCAAUACUUUGGGUCAAAAUAACCCAAUAAGUAGUUGGUCCCUUUUCACCCUGGUGUUGGGUUAAACACAACCCAACUUGGGUUGUUUUCAAGGGUUUUUAGAUUGUAGUUAGCCACUGACUUGUCUAUGUUCUGAUUCUGCUCCAUCAGGGCCCAAACCCCAAACUGGAGCGAGCCAUUCAAGAAUCCAAAGACUCUGUGUUGAGCUUGGCUAACGUGAAUGCCCCCAUGGAUGACAGCCUUACAGCAUUGCUUGUACGAAGACAUACAGAGCCGCAGCAGCAGCAACAACAAAUCACAGGACACCAACAGCCUGCGCUGCUCCUCCUUCCCACUGAGACCUCUUCAAACUCCUCCUUCUCUUCGUCCCCGUCUCCUUCUGACUCCCAUCUCAACGCUGCUGGACUCCACAGACCCAUCUCAGACCCAGAGUGUCCAAGGCCAUAAACCUUCCAGCAGCAUAUUGUUUUCAUAUCUGGGUUGUAAUGCUGUAAUUACUAAGUAGCAGCUUUUUUAUCAGCAUGCUGGCACAGACAUCUGUAUUGUUCAUUUGUUUUGUCUUGGUAAUAGAAAUCAGAUGGAUUUUUUUCAUUAUGCAUGUGGAUAACUUACUGUUGGCUGCAGUUAACAGUGUUUGAACAGGCUGUUUUCUGCAGUUACCAGUGCAAUAACAAUAGUUACAUAUUGUAACAGUAGCUCUUUCAAUAUAAAGGCCCUCUGAUUGAUUUCACAGACUCUACCCUGUCUGAAGGGAUGCUGAGUAAAGGGAUCCACCUGGCUGGGAUAGACUUAGCACAAUACCACAAGAACUCUCUGCUUCAUCCAGGCUUUUUACUCUAAUGGACUCUGGUGGUGCUCUUUUUUGUUGAACCUGUUGCAACAUUUUAUAUCCUAAAAGCCCUGACAAGCAUCUGUCAGUCAUCUGGAUUUUAUUUGGAUACGAACAAAACACAGCAAAAGUAAUCUCCUGACACUUCUCAUGAAGCGUAGGUCUAAACAGAAGAGUGAACAUCUGCAGUGACUUUGCCCAUCAGAAAAAUGUGCCCAUCUAACCAUUAUGGCAUGUUAAGCAAGAGGCGCUGGCCGACCUACCUCACACUGGACAAGUUCCAAUGUACAGCGCUCAAGGAAUCAGUACAAUGCAUCAUAUGGUUUCUUACUGGUGCCAGCUUUGAUAACACAGACUCUUAAACCCAAACUGACGGUGUUCACUCAACCCCAGAAAUGUAUAUUCUGCGUAUACUCAGAAUACGGCUGAACUGCCCCAAAUCAUCCUCAGGUAGACUACAAGGAGAGUUAGACUGUCUUUGUGACAAAAACGUGGACUUUUGGCAAAAAGGCAUCCAAGAUCUGCUCUUUUUAGUCAAGUAGAGGGGAAGGUGACGGCAGUGUCAUUUAAGAAAACCUUUCCUAAGAGAAGUUACCAGCAGUUAUAACUUAAAUAUCUGAAAAGCCUGCUCUGAUUUAUUCACCAAAACACAACCACACCUAGCAAUAAUAUACAUUGAAGCUACCAUAAGCAACAACUGCCGUAAGGUGUGGAGAAAAACUUAUUUAGGAUCAUCUUCAUAUCAUGAAAGCAAACUUGAAAGAUUUUUCAUUCUUUAAUUUUAAGGGUUUUUUAAUCAGAAAAAUCAUGUGAAAGCAUAAAAUACUUUUAAAAAACUGUUUCAGUUGAGGGGUUGAAGUUUCUUCUGUGUUUUCUUCUUGGGUAAAGGUUUAUUUAGAGUGCUGAGCCAGGCUUUACAGCUAUGACAGCAAUAAUAUCAAGUCCAGACAUGGUUAUAACAAUGAGAAAUAUCUGAGUGUUUUUACCACACUGGUAUCAGAGUGGUAAUCAGUAUUUUGGAAAUUUGGUUUUGUGGUCAAGUCUCUUUGCCACCUUUCACCCCCCUGAAGAUGACAUACUUGCUUAGCUUCUGACUCCAAGGUACUAACAAGGGCAUUGUGUGAAAUACAGGGUGAGUUUCCCCCUCUACGACUGAAGCUCUUGCCUUGUUCCAACCACAGAAACACUCUCAAUGGUCUUUGUUGGAUGUGGCUGUUGUUGUAAGAGCCUGUUAGAGUCUAAAGCCUGAGCAAAACCAUACAUCUACAGUUAAAUAUACAGCCUUUUACAAUUAGAGGGCCUGAGCCUGCAUAUGAACACACUGUAAAAACUUAUUUCUGCAGCUGUUAUUGUAAUACAGCAUUAUUACAAAGGUGUAAAAACAGUUUCAAUAUCUUUAGUUGUAUGCCUGUUUUCUCUGAAGUGUGACUCAGGGGUUAUGGACAAUUGCACUGCAAUAGUACAGUAUUAUGUAUACUGUAGUUUUGUUUUGUUUUUCUUUUUUAACAAUGUGCAUUAUUACUGCAGUCACUGAUGUGCACCUAUUUUACCAAGUUAAGCCAACAGACCACACCAUACAUGCUUGUCUGAGCUGCUAGCAUAUCCCCGAGCUGCACCUCUGACGAACACGUAUGAUGAGGGUACUCCAACAAGGCAGUGCAUGUGUUUUAUAUCUAUAUAUUUACUCUUUUGCACUGCUUAUGAGCCCAAAGUAGCACAUAACAAAAUAAAAUGAUGUCAGCUUACUUAUCUCUGUUUUAGGAUGCACUUAGAGGGUGUGUAAAGGGUUGGGGUAUGGGGAGGCGGGGGGGAUAGUACUUGCAUAUAACAGUCCCACAGAGGGUCCUGUGCCUAUACAACAAAUCCAAAUGCUAAUUCAGCAUCUUCAUGUAAUACUAACCAUAUCAUAAACAAAUUAUAUUGUUUCCCUUUGGUGGCAAUGUACAGUAAUGAUCAAAUGUUGUUAGAAAAUCGUUAGAGAUUAAAUACUGCACAUGAUAUUGCCAGAUGUAAAAAAUAAUGUAUUUUUUUUAACUGAGUAAAUUAUUCAAGAAACUCUUUAGGAACUGUAGUAAAUAUGUUUGUUUUAAAGCUGUCAGAGCAAUAAAUAAAAUAAACACUGGAAGCUCCUCUCCUGGUUUUUUCCUUUUAGAUAUUCAAAUACUUUUUAUAAUAUAUAUUAUAAAUGACACCUCUGUAUUGUAGAGAGACGUAAUGUUAUGAAUCAUUCAAGUUGGCCUUGAUAGACAGACAGUAACAGGACAAAUAUCAAUAAAUUGCACUGAAUUAUUUGCAAGUGUGAAUGGCAGCAGUGUGUUUUGAGUGGAAGCUUUUAUCAGACAUGUCUGUUUUUUUUUCUUUCUGUGUAGUGUGUGUGUCAUUGGCUGUUGCAAUUAUCACCAACACUGAAUGAACUGUACUGGAGGAAAUAGGGGAAUAAAUGGGGCGUGUGUGUGUGUGUGUGUGUGUCUUUGUGUGUGUGUGUGUGUGUGUGUGUGUGUGGGGGGGGGGGGGCUAUAGUUUGGUUUAAAAAAGGAAGGAGGGCCCAGCUGCAUCUGAAAAUGAAAGGUUUGAUAAAGUUGAACAGCAAAAACCAAAAACUUACUCAGGCUAGUUAUACCUAGUUAUACCAACUUUAGUAACGACUGCACAAUAGCAAUACACAGCGGUCUGAGGAGCCAUCAACAAACCUCAACCAAAACACCACUGUAUAGCCACAAAUAAUGCUCAGAACAGCACCUAACUUCAUCAUCAGUACAUUUAGGGUCCCAGCCAUAGCACUAGCCACCAAACAUCUUUUUAGCUUUGCCUAAUUUCUUUGGCAAAGAGACUAAACACAACUCACCUGCUCUUCUCCAGCAGCCGCCUGUUUAUAGCGAGACCUCGAGCCAAUCCAUUACGGACUGCUGCGGGGUGACACAGCUCACAGCUUUAUGAUCAUUUCUUCAUGGAAAUGCAAUCAGACUGAGACGCUAAGGCAGAAGAACUACCGCAUCUGCAGUGCAAAAUGAUUAAUAUGGUGAUUAUUACUUCAAGGAAAUGAUAAAGAAAUGAUCAUAAAUGUUCUUCCUUGAGCUGCGUCACCCCGCAGCAGUCAACAAUGGGCAAGUCCGAGGUCACGCAACAAACAAGCGGCUGAUGUCGGGGGAUGGGUGAGUUGUGUUUAGUCUCUUUACUUAAGAAAUCAGGCAAAGCUAAAAAGAUGUUUGGUGGCUAGUAUUGUGGCUGGGACCCUAUAUGUACUGUUGGUGAAGUUAGGUGCUGUUCUGAGUAUUAUUUGUGGCUAUAGAGUGGUGUUUUGGUUGAGGUUUGUUUAUGGCUCCUCGGACCGCUGUGUAUUGCUAUUGUGCAGUCCUUACUAAAGAUGGUAUAACUAGAGAAGCAAGCGGUCGGCAACAUUCAUCUCUCAAGGGGGUGUCUAACUCGGUGUUAUGGUGUGUUUGACCAUAACUUAAAUUUACGCCAGAAUAUCCCUUGAAGUCCAAGUUGAAACACCACUAGCUGAAAAAACUGAAGGGAACCAAGAGUAACUGGGAGGGUAAAAUCAAGACCCUGAAGGCGCACAGGCUGUUUCCUGAUCCACAGCUCUGAUUCAAAUGAAAGAAAAGACACAUUGCUGCUUUUUUUCCCUUGGGUCAUUUUGUGUUUAUGUUGCAAAUAUACAGUCUGUGGUUGCAUUAUUAAAGCAGGCCAAAGCAUACACCAUCACUGCACUGUCCUUGCUCCAGUACACCACAGCCUCAUGUUCCCACUGCAUCAUUUAACAAAUUCAAUGCAUGCUGGUUGCUUUCUGCAAAGUGGGAAACAGUUGUUUGAGUUUAAGGGAUGGCUAUAAUUUGGUAACCCAGCUGAUUGUGCAGAAAGAGUCCUGGUAAUGCUUAUUCUAUUAUUUUUUAUAUGACAUGAUAUAUUCGUAAUAUAUAAAACCACUGUAAAGGCAUUUGCAAGUGAUGAAAGCAGCUGGUGGCAGGGUAAUCAUUUACAGACAAACACUGACCCCAAGAGGCUAACUAAUAUUUAACCUAGAACAAAAUGACUCAAUGAUAGAUCUGGAGCAGCGAGGAGGUCAAAUAUCUCAUUGUAGGAGAUUAUUUGCUAAAUGACAGACGUCACUUAUAACAUUCAGAGGUUGUAAACUUCAAGAAACUGUUGGCUGUCAUGCUGCACUUGGCCUUGAAGCUAUAUAACUGCUUACUGCUAGCUUGCGUCAAGCAGCUAAUUGUCCUGGUUGAGGGUUGAUUGCACUCUCACUGCAAAUGAACCAGGGUUUGAUUGCAAAAGGAGCUGAGACUAACUUUUCCAGGUCAUACUGUCUCACUUGUUCUAUUCACAUCAGAGUGCAAGUGCUGCGUUCAUGCAUAUCAAAAUGAUCACAGCCAAAGCGUUGUUUCAUAGUGCCUUCAAACAAUCCAGGUGUGAAGACACCUUUGGGAACACAGGGGACACUGACAGAGACAGGAUGAAUGACAGGGACAAAUCAGACACAGGUGAGACAAAGGGGACAGGUGAAAUCAGUCGCAGGAUAGGGCACACAGUCACAGGGGAGGGGAAAACACACAAAGACAGAAAGCAAAACUAGACCUGGCACACCGAGGGGAAAGAACUGACAAAAUAAAACAGAAACCAAUAAGUGCAGAGGAACCUAGACACAACCAAGAAACCAAAACAGAACAACCAAGUAUGAGAUUAAAGAGGAGCC